AUGACUAUGGAUCAGUGAUGUCAACGCUCCCUGGAAUGCUCUACUGUAUUUUGCUUGAUUGUGUCGCGUUGUUUGAUGGCAACUGAGAAGACAUCUGGUGAAAAGAGCAUCCUUCGUCGUGCAUGACCUUUCCCUCGUCUCCAUAUCACGGUCCGACGGCACGUCCCUCACAUGUCACGCUAAGGUGACUUUCAAGCAGUUUUUUCCACUUUUGCGCACAAUGUCGGAGCGGCACAAAGAUGUUCAUCGGGGACGCAGUGGCCAAGCAGACCGCCCAGGCUGCGCGUGAGGACAUAUGCAAACCGCCAGGUAGUCUAAUUAUGAAAAAGAGUGUAUCUCAUCUGCUUCAGUAGAGCAACGGCGGUCCAUGUCAUGUGUAGCAGGAUUCCAGGGAUACAGAUUAGCUCCAGACUGAUCGCUCUCACAAACAGAUAGGGGAGCGCGGGGCUGCUGGCAAUAACCGUUCCAAUUCAGCCCAACAAACUGGAUUUAUUUCAUUUCCACCACUGUGUCUCAAUGUCAUAAUGGACAGGUUGCACUCCUCCAUGCGUAAAAGGCUCUACAGUUUGCCACAGCACAUUGGGCAGAAAGCAUCUAUAAUGGGCGAAGGAGAAGACGCAGACAAGGACACCCGGAGGAAGAGUAUCAGGAUGAAGCCUCUCCCGUCACCGUCGCCGACCUCUGGGGGAAGCUGCAAAGGCAUCGGAGAGACCAAAAGUGGGGAGUCUGGGAUCAUGGAGACUGACAUAGGGAGACCGAUGAAGACCAGCUCAAAUGGAGACUGUCGGAGGUUUCGAGGCAGCCUCUCGUCCAUCACAAGUCGGCAUGUGCACGACUCUGACUCGGCGGAGGAGAGGCGCCUCAUCACCGAGGGGGAUGUCACCCCGAGCGAGGAGAGCCCCCCCGGAGCCAUCGGUGACGGGCUGCCGGAUCAAGACGCGCAAGGGGCCAGCUGUGGUGGUGGUGGAGGGGGCGGCGGCGGUGGUAGUACCCAAAAAGACUCCCCGGACCAGCAGCCAGGGUUCAUAAAGUUGGACGGCAUUGAUCAAAUUCUGCCGGACGAUGAGAGAUUAUAUCAGGCAGGGUUCAUGCACAGACAGUUUGGAGCAAUGCUUCAACCGGGGGUCAACAAGUUCUCCCUGAGGAUGUUUGGGAGUGAGAAAGCAGUGGAAAGGGAACAAGAGCGGGUUAAAUCCGCCGGAUUUUGGAUAAUCCACCCAUACAGUGAUUUCAGGUAAAUUUAGAUACUUUCUACACAUACUCUCCAAACAACAAAAGGUUUAGGCUGAACCGUCACGUUUACGUCGAUGCCUCGCGCAGGCCCAGAUGUUUUCCCCGUGUUUAUAAUUUUCUAGCGCAUUAAUCAGCACAAAUGCAACACAUUCACAGUUUUACACAGCUUUAUAGCACAUCCAUCACUUGUAUUACCCAUUCCCUCUCAAAAAUGACAUUUUAGAAGUGCCACAAUUUUAGUAAAUUGGCUUUAUUGCUUUGUAAAUACCUUUUGGAAAUAAUUACAGCACAGAUUAAAAUGGGAAUUUUUCAGAGACACAUUACUCAUGAGGAAAUGUAUUCAUUAGUUUCUGAGUGUGCACAAUUUAUUUGGAGGCUGUGUAAUAGUGUGAAGGAGUAAUCUACAGAUAACAUAACCUUAAUUAGUUCAAUUUACCUGACCUGUGCUGAUGCUGUCCAAAUAGAUGCAUUAUUAAAGCUUUUAAGUAGUUCCUACCCUUAUUAUUAUAAUGUGAAAAGAAAAGAAAAAAAACUGAUUCUCAGGGGAUAUGAUUUAUCAUUGAUUAGGGUUAGUGAGGAGGCCUUAUACACAUUGUCUCUAAAGGCUCCCAUAUUGAUUUUCUCACUGUUCUUUUAUAAGUGGUGCUUCAACAAGACUGAAACAACUUUGAGUCAUUGUAUCUGAAUUCCUUUUGAUCGUUUGUGAAAGUUUUUGAGCAACCGUUUAAUCAUCAACACAUAUUUUCUCUUCAUGUGAUAGUGUAGUCUCCUCAAGUGACAUACUGCAGCUGCCAAACUGAAUAGAGAAAGUCCAUUAGCAAUCUUUUGCUGCCUUAAGAUAUCUCUCUGUUGUUUGUGCCCUUGAGUUUGAUAUUGGCCUAAUACAUGUGAUUUAUUGACACACUUUGGCUUGUACCAGCAAAGCAGAAGCAGCUUUGAAUUCCUUCAUCUCGUCUUAAAGGAAUUUUUGGAUAAUAUUCAGAUUUCUACAAUAAUAAACAGCCAGUAAUAUCAAACUGCUUUAUUCUCAUGUGUUCAUAUAUGAGUUUUUUAGCACAUCAGUUGACUCAUUAGAAAAAAACUGCACUUUAUGUAUGCACUUUAUUAUUACAUGGAACUUGAACAAUGAUAUUGCUUCAUGUUAAAAGUGCUUGAAUGACUAGUACUGUUUACUACAAAAUUAUGUGUAAAAUAGAAAAAUAAUUUAUAUUUUUAUGUUUAUUUUUUUAUUUUUUCAGAGCUGAUACUUGAAACAGUUAAUGCUUUGUGUGAUCUUAGCACACCUCCUUGUAGUUUGAAAUUUCUCACAAUAAUAAAGGCAAAUCACCUUCAUUAUAGUAAUGUCAGCCUGGGCAUUCAGUUCUCGUACACUACCUUUGCUAAUACCUAUAAUUGAAACAACUGCAUUGACAGUUGCUGUAAAUUAGACACACGCAUUGUAGCCAGAUUGCCAUUAUGACUGUAUUUCUCCUUGUCAGUGACAUUGAAUGUUGUUGAGCCCGCCCGCUGCUUGAUUGGCUCUGAUGGUGGAAUGACAUGUGAUAUAGGAAGUCACUUACCUCAGAAGUGUGUUUUUUCUUUCUCAAGAACAAGAUGUCUGACUUUGAGAGACAUGCAAGUUGUGUUGCGAGUUGCUCACAGGCCCGGGGUGUCAGUGGAAAAGGCGAAAUAAGACUCCUCCUAGAAUGUAAGAGGGACACAUUUGUCUGCCUGUUUUUACUGGGAGAAGAGAUGGAUUCACUGUGUUGGCUUAUAUCACACGAUGUUUUUAAUUUAAUUUCUGUGUAUCCGAUCUGAUUUCUGCAUCAGCUGUUUUUAAACUAAACAGUAUUAUUUUAUUGCACAGUUUGUGUGUGAGUUAGGGUAGGAAAAUAAUGAUAUCAGCAAAUAUUUGAUAAUAGGCUUAUUAAAAAUAAUUCAACAACAUCAAAUUUUGGUAACAUUUCCUUUGAGAAAGUCACAACCAAGCCCAAGUAAGAACCUUUAUGCUUACAUGUAAUAUUUUGUGGCACAGACAAAUCUUGUCCUCGACUUCUUAACCAAACAGCAUUUCCAACACAUUUUACCGACUAGCUUUUCCCAUGUCCAGAAUCCACGCACACUUGAGACAGGUCAUCAUCAAGAAGUGAGACAUGUUGUAGACAGUUUGCCAUUUUUGUGAUGCUCCUCCCAGCUGGUUGCGUUUCCUCUGACCCCCUCUGCUCUCUUACUCACUGUGUUGAAUGUCAGGAGGAAGGGUGAUUUGGGGCUUGGGGAGACUGUCCUGAUACUGAAAGGUCAGAAUCUUGGCAUUAGCUAUCAGUUUUGAAGCGUCUUUGAGCAAGACACUAAAACAGAGGAUCUACAUGGCACUCCGAGAAAAAGCUGCAUGUAGCUCAUUUUGUGUUACAAAAAACAGAUAAAUGGAAAAACAUCGAGUUGGAGGAGCUCUAUGAAAAUUGAUUAUUCAGCCACUGAGAUUAGUGUGUAAAGGGGGUUACUUUAUAUUACCAUAAUUAAACAUUUUGGUGAUCUGAUAGCAGUUUGCCUGUGGUUCAACCACUCAACACUAUGAUUAUGUAAUCACUCAACUCUACAGUUAAAUCCACAGAUGUGACUUUCAGUCAGAGGAGCGGAACUGUAUGAUUGUGCCUUUCUGUGACUAACACGAAAAAGACAAUGUGUAUAUAUAAAUUAACUAUAAGUACAUUAAAGGAUAAUGUUUGGCUUGAAGGAAGGGUGUGACACUUUUUUAUCAGUUUUAAAAUGCUACAAAAAUAAUAUUUGAACCCAAUCAGCAUGCAAGAAUUUCAAAAAGAACAUCAUGUCAGUGAGUUAAAGUAGCAUGUUGAGAUGAGUUACAGCGAGUAUUUUAUUUUUAAUGAACUGAAAGAGGAACAUGAUCCUCAUACGCCUACUUCCUCCAAAAUCAGGAUCAGAGACAGGACAAGAUGACUGUAAUUAAAGUACACAAGGAGAUGAGCAGGACCUUUUAAUGGGCCUGGAGAAGAGAAGGGUCUCUGUGACUAAAAAGUUUUAUUCCCAUGCCUGCAUCAAAGCUUCGCCACUAUAAGCUCAAAUUAGAGUGUCACAGGAAAUCACAUAGUCAUCACUGCGCUGGAAUUCAGCAAAAUCUCCCCUUGUCAAGUAUUGUAUAAUGCUAAGAAGCAAGGGAGGAGCAAUAUCUUGCAAGGGAAAAAGACGGAUUAAAAAUGGCAUCAUAAUCCAAUCUACAGCCUCAUUUCCAGAUCCAAAGCUGAACAGCCUCCUUCAGUUUCCAACAAACAUCUCCCAGUGAGAAAGUUUAGUUUGGAUGGACAUACGUAUGAACGAACCCUAAAAGAAGACAAGGUUUCCUGCCAUAUGACUGACUGGUAUGGAGCCUUUUUUAAUAAGGAAGAUUAUUACAGCAGGUGACCAUAAAACAUCUGUGUAGGUGUGAUAGGGUUGUUGAACAAAGCACAUAAUUGAUGCUGGAUUAAUGCCCUUGCUGCCCUGCUCCUAACUAGAUGCCAUCCUGGAAAUGCGACUUGAUGUUUGCUAUUUUAAACUGUGGAGGCAUAUCAAUAAUACAUGUUCUUUGUUGUGAACAGAGAUUGUUACAAGUCCUAUAAAGCUAUUUGCUCCUGGGAAAGAUAAUAAACCAUGAGGUUCUUGAUUGACAAAAUGAUUGCCCUCUCACAGAAUGGCCCCUCUAUCUUGGCUUGUUGAAAACCAGGUGAUGAUUUUUUUUUCUUACCUUUUUUUUUUUUUAUAUAGAGCCUUUUGAGUGGAUUCUAUCAAUGCAACAGUGUUGUUCAUAGUUCUAAACAAAUGACAUGGCACAGUAUUACAAUUCAGCCCUCUGAUAGCCAAGUGCCAUUUAAUUAUCCUGCGAUUCACAACCGAGAGGACACAUCUGCCGAAAAGUCUUCCACAUUUCCCUGACGAGAUAGAAAAGAAGAAGUCACACAUUAAAACAUUUUUUCUUCUUUUUUUGCACUGAAGGCUCUAUUAAUCCCCCUUUUUUCUUUUUAGAACCGUGUUGCCUACACUAUCAGAGAAGGGGGUCGGCUGUCCUGCAGUUUCUGUCAAUCAGUUAAAUCCCUUUGCAACAGUCAGGCGAAUCCCUCCAUCCACUCUGCAAAGUCCACUUUUUUUUCAGCAGCCUUUUAUUCCUCCUGCACAUCCAGUCGUGUUUCCCAGAAGACACUUACCUAGACAGUGGCAAAAAUAAAUCCUCUGAAAAGACAUAUUACAAUUUUGCUUCUGUUACUUUUGGAGAGAAUACAUUAAAGGAAAGUAGAGCAGAUUCAGUCACUGAAUUGCACAUGAAAGCUGCUAUGGAGUGAAAGGAAAGUUACUUUUUGGCAAAGUGUUAAAUGAAUAAAAAUGUGCACUGUGCUCUUGCAGGCAUUACAUAAACUUAACUUUUUUUUAUGAUUUUAUGUUAUUUUUCAAGUCUUGAUUUGUUUAAUGUCCUCCUUGUGCCUAAAUAGAAAGCUGUAACUUGGGAGCUUCUCACAAUAUCAGCAUGGCUGUGUUGACUUUGGUACAUUUGCAUUUCUCAGUCUCUAACAGGCUAAGAGGAAAGAGUAAAUGGUAGCUAACAUGCUACCUGUACUUAGACGACUAUUGCAUUUUGGGAAACAGGGGAGGUAAAUUUUAUAGUUAUUACUUCUCUGAUGAAUUGUGAGAUAUUUUAAAUGCUGCAGAAACGGUGCAACUUGCCUUUACAGUCCUUAUCAAAGACAGGCAGCCUUUAACAGCUACAGGCAGUUCAUUGCAGAUACAUUACUCUUCCUGUUGUAUAGCGCCGCAUGUAUUUCUGUUUAUAUUAUGCGUGUUGUAAGCGUACGGGAUCAGAUGAAAUAACAGCUUUCUCUAUUUCAGUCAGGUUGAUUAUGGUUGAUUUGAGAGUAGGUUUCACCAUUGAUUUGUUUGGGUCUCCUGGGGCCUAGAGCUUGCCAUCCGUUGAUUUAUUGAUACAUGAGAUGAAGGAACAUACAUGACUGUGGCUUGGGGUGAUUCCUCUACUCAUGGCAGUGGCAAGGGUCAGAGUCUGGGUGAGAGUUACACAAAGGUCAAGCUUUGUGGUGGUGCAGAAGAGGAAUAUAAAGACAAGAUUUGAGGAGCUCCAUUUAAUCUUUUUUGACAGAUUUUAUUCAGAGAAAAUCUAAAUGGUUGCUAGAAUUGUAAGUGAUCAAAUGUUUUCUGAUCAAUAAUGGAUGAAUUGAGUCCAGGCUGAGUAUCAGUGUCCCUAUAAGUUUCUGUAUGAUAGUGCUAAUUUGCAGAGAAUGUUGAGGGAAAGAUGUUUUGACACCAUAUAGGAUAAAUGACACCCUUUUCCUUUUGGUCCUCAUUAAAUAAUUCCUUCUUUCAUUUAGUGAGGGUAAAACAUGGGGAUUACAGAUGGUUCUGGCGGGGACUGAAAGUGGGGUAAUCAAAAUAGGCUGCUGUGCUCAUCUACCAAUACUAGAAGCCAAAAGAUUAUUACAGCACAAUUUAUUUAAUGGAGGAGCCCAGGGAGGAUAUGCGUGGCUGGUAGGUGGAAGGUUGCCUGUAAUAGUGGCAAAAUGAUUGAACACCACCAUGUGACCUCAACAGGCACACUUGUGUGGGAGUGUGAAAUCAGGACACGUGAUCACAACUGUAUAAGAAUGGCCUUUUUUUUUUUUUCAUUUGUUUUUGCAUGUCAGUGUUUUUCCCCCUCUUCUGAUAUGCCACCUCAUUCAGUUUUAUGUAUUAAGCAGAGGGCUGAGUUUAACCUUGGCAAAGUGAUGGUAAUCUCGAGGUGAGAUUAUAUUGAUUGAUUGGACAUCAUAUACAUUUUGAAAAUGGAAAAGCCUGCUGGAAGCAUUUUCUGUUAAGUGCGGCAUGUCAGCCAGCUUGAUGUUUGAUGUGUUGUGGUCACCUGACAAAUGUGAUGUCGUGUGUCCUUCCCGAUUCAGCAUCCUCCGCGCUGCAACAUCAAUUUAUAAUCUCUCCAGGUGGAUAAACAACACGAGUCAGCCCAGACCUGCUCUGGAGAGUUUACUCUUUAAACAUAUUUCAUUGUCAAAGUUAUUUGUCUUGCCACUAAAGAACACGAACAUCAUCCUGAUUAACUAGAGCAAAUAUGCCGGAGUUACUGUUUAUAUCACUAAAUGAUAAUGUGCUAAUUUUUUCUCUGUCAACCAUCACAGUCAAGUCAGGUAUUUGCAGUGUCUUGUGUGUGACAACAGGAUAACCAAGACCUCUGGUCAUGGCAUUAUUUUAGCACCACUUCCUGUUUUUGAUGAGUGCAAAAAAAAAAAAGAUGAGGAGUGGCUGCUGCACUGACUGAAUAGAUUGACAUGUCUCCUCUUAGACCUCAGCUGUCCACUUGGCUGAAAUGAGAAAUAAGGAAAAGGGAGGAAACAGCAUAAACAGGGCGCAGUGUAAGUGUUUAAAAAAAGUAAUAAAAUACGCUAUAAAUCCUUGCUGUUUUUUUUUUUUUUUUAGAAAGGUACUUUUAUUCAAACAAAAGUCACAAAAUGCAAAUGAAUUCUGGUUCAUUUUAAUUUUCUUUCUUUUUUUUUUUACAUUCAUUAUCUUAUAAUGAACGUCAAUGGACUUGUACGUUCAGAUUGCGCAUGCAUUAACCAAAUGUGACAAGACAUGAACAAUACGUAAACUAAGGCUGCAGGAUGUUGAAUGAAACUAACUCUGUGAUUCAGUUGUCGUCUUUUCUGCAACAGAUAUUGCAAAAUGAAAAAAAUUUGGAAUUUAAACCAGAUAAAUUUAGAGUAUUUUAAGUGUUUAGAAACAAUUAAUAUAAUCAGAUCAAUAACAACUUUACACUACUGAUGAGUGAUUUUAACUCUUUUUUUUUGUUUUCAAAUCAAAUUCCUUACUUAUUGUAUCACAGCAGAUAUUCUUUCUGACAACGUUAAAAAUUGUUCAAUAUGCGUCACAGGCUCUAUGAUAGUUCUUAUAUUAUAAUUAAACCCGCUAUCUUCUUCUACCGAUGAUUUUUACAUCACAAUAUGUGCUCUGCAGGUGUAAAAGUGCACACUGUGGUUCCAUUAAAUCUGCUGUUUGUAGUUGUGCUUCCUGUGUUAUCUGACAUGGAAAAGAGCGAGACAUCACUGAUUUAAAAUCUAGGCUGUUGAGUGGAGCAUUUGCAGAGUAUCUGUAAAGAUGGCGGUGUGAUUCACAUGCAUGUUUACAUUCUGUGGUCACACAGAGGCUUUGCAUACAUUGUGGUCAAUUCUGUGUGUUCAAGUGAGGGGCUGCAUUAAAGUGAUCUCAGAAGGAUUUGAUUGUUGACAGCACAAGUGUUUCAGGUCAUAUGACUGAAAUCUCCUGCUAUGUGAUUAUUUCACAUGCACAUAUCACAGUUAUGGCGUUCAAAUGACGCAUUGUUCAGCCUAAAUAUAAGCUCUGUUAAAGUGUCUUCAUUCACAUCAGUCUAACGAUGCUUGUGUUGUUUACCCAUGCAGUACUCUCAUAUAGUUUUAUAAAUGAUUUAAGUUGUACACACAAUAAGAGCAUUCACCAUCUAUAUCAGUUGAAAACAUGCAUGUUUUUCGACUGUAGAUGUACUGGAUGCUUUUUUUUCAGUACCAUUCCUUGUUUUGGAAUUGAGUUAUUUUAAGCCAAGCUUCUUUUCUUUACAUUUAUGUUAACGCACUAGAGCUGGGACAAUAUGCUUUUCUCCUGAUUCGAUUCCUCUACGGUUUUUUGGAUGCCGUUUCAGUUUAAAUUGUGAUUCUAUGAUAUUGUCGAUUUUUUUUUUAUUUUUAGUCUGCAUUUUUAACACCAGUGACACAGUUGAAUGAUAAUGAUUGUCUACUGACUAUCCCAGGAACCAUAUUUCCCCCAAAAAAUACCCAUCACAUAUAAGUCAGAUUUUAAGAUUUAUUCUUAAAAGAAAAUAAAUUAAAUUUUGGACAAAAAAAUAAAUUUAAAAAUUGUAAAACAAAUAAUUGCGAUACUUAUGUGAAUCAGUUUUUUUCUCCCACCCCUAUAACACACUGUCACCAAGUUGUGAGGGCACUAACUAUUUAUCAUGAUGCACACCUUAAUGCACUCUAACAGUGCUAAAAGAAGAGGACACUGUAACAGACAGAUGGGCAAAGUGACUGUUUAUAUGGAAAGGAAAAUGGGGCAUUUGAUCAAGGGGUCCAGUGUGGCCCUGUGUAACUAUGAACUCUAUUGGUGUAUGAAAUAAACUGCAGUCUUCAGUUUCUGUUAACAGAAAUUGAUAAGGACAGCUGUCUUGCACCAACAAUCCCUCUGCAGUUUUAACAUGCAUCUGGAAAUAAGUAUUUUGGAUACAACUAUCUUUAGAAAGACACUUUCUGCAAAAGACAGACUUUUCUUCUUUGUUAGUUUAAAUAUCAUCAUGCAUACUGUGAAAUGUUGUGGCACCAGAUCUUUUCAAGCCCCUGAUGCUGGACAAAAACAUGCAGUCAACAACCUUCACACAGAUGAUUUAGGUGUAAUCUUCCAAUGAUACCCAAGAGGGCAUUCUUUAGUCUGAUUACCAACACUGCAGUGAUUCAGCCUCCUGCAUCACCACCCUAUUCAUGAAAAAUAUUCUCUUUGGCUUCAUUGCUUUUAUUUUCCCAUGUGUAUUGUGCAGACAAACGAUGAAGAAUUUAUUGCCCUUGAAAAAUUAUAACUUUCAAAAAGAACAUACUUGGUUGCCAGUGGUCCAGCAAGUACAAUGGGCCGUAUUUUAUGAGAAAUUUCCACAGACCUUGGUGAAUUAAUGUUUGCAAAUGCCAUCUUGGGUUUGUUCUUGCACCGUUAGAAGCCAGAUGGCUGGAUUUACUAAUUUUAACAAGACAGUCAGGGUCCAAACAAAAACGCUCUUGUCAUGAGGAAGCUCAGUACACCCCUGUUUUUGACCUAUGAAACAAAACAGUGAGAUACAAGUGUGCCACUUUCUAUCUACCCAAUGCAGGUUGAAAAUAACUCUGAUAUUUAUUGUAAAAAUGCAUGUCCUGUUUUGUCCUUAAACUCCAGAGAGGAGAGCAAUUUUAUUAUUAUUUUUUUAAAAACGGAAAAGGCUGAAUUGAAAGUUUGCAUAGUCAUAUAACCAAUCACACCUUCUCUUGUGUUAACCUCUGCCUGCACACUGCAUUCCCGAACCUGUAAAUUUGUCCUCACACAGAUUCUACUAUAUCGAGCACAGAUUGACCUUUUCAGCCCUGCCUGCGUCUCAGGUGGAUUCUCACACCCCUUGUCUCUUAGAGAUUGGAUUGCUUUUUCCUAUCAGCCAAGAAAGGAAAUGUCCAAGGUGUCAAACUGGCACCGAUAUGCAGCUCCAGGGGUUUGAAGCAUUAUUAGAAACACCAUAUAUAUGUAUAAAUCACUUAGGAAUUAAUGUAGAAUACUAACAAAAAAAUCAGUUUCAGGUUAUUUAAAGUUAAAAGAUAAUUAGAAGAAUGUGCUAGAAAAAUAAUUAUCAGCUCCCACUGCAGGUGACGCGAGUGCAGGUGUACAAUAUCUGUCAACAAAGGUGUGACAAUGAUGGUGACUUACUAUCUGAUUUUUUUUUUUUUCUUCACCAUCCAGUUGAAUGAUUUUCUAGCAGUUGAAGAAAUAGUUGAAAUAUUUGGAACAAAUAAAAACAAAUUAACCUUUUUUGGCAACAUCUUUAUUUUGAUAUGAGAAUAUAGUUCACACACAAUGUAGGCUACUUUUAAUCAAUGUAAUGGUUAUGUACUUGAACAUCUUAAUAGUAAUCCUGUCACUCAAGCCACUUUAAUUUGUGAAUUAUAAGCUGUGGUAAAAAUAUUUUGUAUUAACUCUCCAUGAAAGAAAAAGUGCAGGUCUUAAUUGGAGGUUAAAAGUGAUUCUUUGAACAUGCUCACAAUCUACCUGUGAUUGCCCUUCCUCCUAUGCUAAUACACCCCCCCUGGGGUAUCAUGAGAGGAUGGCAUUUCCUCACAGGGCCUUGCGUUUACUCUGUAAGAAUGUAUUGAAGGCUGCAGGGCUUUGGAAACAGCAGGGUUUCCAGUCAGAGAGGACCAGAGUCCAGUGCGUCAAAUAAAGGACUCUGUGUGUGGCUGGUGUGAUUCACAGGAAAUACUUCCCUGGAUCAAUGUGUUUGGCCUGCCUCGGCCUCACGCUGAGUGGCUAGAAGACUCCAGACAAAUGGCUGGAUUAUAAAACAAGCACUGGUGAGAGACAGAUUGUUCCCUCUUUUCUGCUACAAGUGGGUGGGAGGUGGAAUGGGGGGGGGGGGGCUUGAUUUAUCUUUACCAUCACCACACUCCAUAACAUAUCAUCCAACCUGGUUUAGCUGCACCAUUUUACCUCUUGUUUGAUUGAAAAGCAGGGCAGCAGUAAAGUUGGUGUUUACAAAUCCAAUCUCUGACCCUGUUUACCAUGUACAGUCGAGAAAUUAUAGAGCUAACAAAUAAACAAGAGAAAUCCUACCUUGUUUGGUUUAACAGUCAGAUAAGCCUCUGCUUUUGCUUACUCACGCAGACCAGAAAAAAUCUGAUAAACUGCAUCUCCUCUCCAAUUUGAUUUGAUUUCAUGCUCCAAGUGUGUUCUUACUGAGGGGUUUCUAUCAGCUUUUAUGCUCCAUUAAUUGAGCUUUUAUUCACCUCGACUUUUGUCAAAUGUGAACCAACAGCGAUGACCCUCAUACUCUUAAGACCACAACCUUGCUCUCUCUAACAUGCCUCUUAUUUUGGUUAUCCCUGCCCUUAAGCCUAUGUUGUACAGUCCCAUAUUCUGGCACUGUUUCCACCCCUCCCCUAAUUUUCUCUUUUCAUGCCCCUUCUCUCUUUGUCACCCUUUGACCUGAGAUUGACGUUUUGGAGAUGGAUAGAAAAGGCUUUCAUUGUGGCUGCGCCAUUUGCUGAUUGCAGCGUACCUGAAGUGGUGAAGAUAAUGGCCCCUGUGCUGGUGCAGCCCAGAGCAAGGGCGUGAGGUGAUGGUGUACAGUGUGAUCAGCUCCUGGUAUUAUAGACAGUACAUUAUCUUAGCACUUCAUCUGGGUUCAGAAAGCCCAUUGCUCCAUCUCUCUCUUUCCCUCUCUUUCUCUCUCUCGUCCUCGGCUGGCGGAUUUGGAGGGUGGAGGGGUGGGGGGAGUUGUUGCGUUCACUUGGCAGGCCAGUGUUUCCUCUGCCACACUCUGCAGCUGGCUGACAGGGGACCCCUUUGACAUGACCCUAAGGACCUUGUGGGAGAUAACAAGGCAUCAUGAUAAAACACAGAUGCAAUUAGUGGCAGGAUGACAGUCCACUGCACUGGACUGCAGAUACUGGCAUAUGCGAGAGUGGGGUAAGUGCACAAUGGUAGCCCUGGCCAGAAAGCUUUCCCGUCUCCCUGAGUCUUCUCUAAAACAGAUUUGUCAUUACCGGGUUCGCUGCCUUAUUUUUAUAUACUGAAAACAGAUGACUUAUCUACAGUUUUUGUUACUGUAAGCAUGCAGAUCACUUUCUGGAAAGCUCUGCAAACCUCAAAGAAGCUGACGGGAUAACAACAAAGAUAUUUAAUAAGGUCAUUCUCGAAACAGCCCAUUACACUUUACAAAAUAGCCUAAAAUUUUACUUAUAAGAAUUUAGGACAGGAAGUACUCUGCUACCUUAGAGCUGUCGUUCCUGUGGGCUCCCUGAUUACAUCUGGUCAGAUUGCAAAAGUGGCUUUGGUGAUUUCAUGAUUAAGUCAAAGCUUUUAAGUGCCCCCUUCUGAGCUAUUCAAACAUCAGAGCAUGUUUAGGCUGGACUUAUUUCAAUGAACAGAUCUGGGGCAUUUUCUGAGACCAACACUGCAGCAUUUAGAGGUUUAUUUUUCUGAGAUGGUUAGCCUGGUUCUUGGCCUGUGAAGCUUGGACACAACUCGGAUUUUUAAGAAAGCCGGUUUAAAAAGUAAAAGAAAUGUAGUCAUUGUAACACUGCUAAAAGAUUUAAAAUAUAUUUUAUCCGACAACGGACAAUCAUCAUUAAGAGAAUACGCAGAGUAUUUAAAAAAGACAUGCCAAAGUGACACAUGCAUCUUACUCUCACUUCUCCUCUCUUGAAAACAAAAUUUAGAGUUAAUGCUACUUUAUCGACAGUUUAAUCUGUACUCACAAAAACAUGACUGCAAUUGAGUCCUCAUGAAGUGUUAAUCUGAAACUUAUGAGAUUAAUUUAAUCACUUCCAAGGCUUCACUCCUUUGCUCUCAAUUUUGAUGGCUUACUUCUACAUUUGUCCGUGCCUCUCUUAAAGGAUGAGACCUCUAUCUGUCAGAAAAUGUUCCUCUGCAGCAGCUUUGACUCUGUGUCUGAAGCAUUGUCUUUCUCUUGGCUGAGUUGAGUAACAGUCACAGUCAGAGCUUUAGAGGUGACUGAAAAAUCCUUCUCUGUACCCUCACCUUGAUGUCCUACCACAGAACUGCUUGUAAUCUUAUUUAUGAAUCUCUUUUAAGCAGUAUUAGGUAAGGUUGCCUCUUUUCUCUUGAUUUUGCUCCUGCUCUCGCGCUCUGUAGGUAUUUAGCAAAUCCCUCUGUUUUCUCGACGCCUAAGGUUGGGGAGAUUUGCCUCCACCUCUGAUGAAAUCUUCUUUGCCUGGGUUUGAUAAAACAGUGUGCCUCACCUAAAUAUAGCCACCUGCAACUGCACAGCCCCAGUGUCAGUGAUGUGCUCGCAGUGUGCCUGCUGGCUGUGCUCAGCAAAGACAGCACCGUUAUGACAGUUCAUUGGAGCGGGUGACAACAAAAAUAGGAUUAACCCUUUUAACCUGUUUUUUUUUAUAUAUAUAUAUAUAUAUUCUAGACACUUACAUCUUGCUGUAUUUUCCAAAUCGCUCCUUGAAACAUAAUGGGCUGCCUUUUCAUGGGCAAUGUUUUUAAAUGUUAAUGCUGAAGAGAGCUUGUUCUUCAGUUGAGUGUGACAGGCCUUAUCGUGGAUUGCUCUCUGUCUGGUGAAGUGUAGCAUAAAAUGAACCGCUACUUUUUCUUUACCAGAGUGUGAUAUGCUUAAUUUUGAUUCAAGCCUCUUCAUUAAAAACAUCAAUGACGCUGUUUCUGUGUUAAUUAUUGUUUAAGCCUGUCUGCACUUUACAUCUGGUUCAGUUAAGUUAGUGCCAUAGCAGCUACUUGCAGCUUAAACACACACAUAUAGAAUUUCUUAGUAGCAUGCAGAGUGAUAUAAAAAAUUAAGUAAUACACUGUUUGAACAAUGAAAGCUUUAAGUACCCUAUUAAACAUUAUACAUGAAAACUUGUAUCUAUAUUUCUAUUAUUUCAGGGGUAAAUCAACCAGACAUCAGACUUGGUGUCUUUUAAUUGCAAUCAAAUAAUGUGCAAAUUUAUUCCAACUCAGAUAUUUAAUGUACAUAUUUGAGACAGUUGAACACAGUUAAGUGGCUUCAACAUACACAACUGGUCUUGCUCAAGACAAAACGCAUUCAAACAAUACAGCUAAAACUGUUGAAAUCUGACUGGCAACACCCUCGAAAGGGCAUUUUUGGGAUUUUCAACUACCUCUGUCUGAAGCAAACCAAGCAUUUGUUGACCAGGUUUAGCUAAACCUGACCCUAAAUGAAUUUCCAUGAGUAGGGUUUGACUUAUUUACUUAUUUUCACAUGCUGUACAAUUGCAGAAACUGACCGUUAGCACUAGCUGUAUGUGUGUCCACCAUAUUAACAAGCACAGGGAGGAGCAGUAGCACACUUUCUUAAAAUCUGUCUCACUUAAUCGAGCACUUGCUGAAGUAUCCGCGAUGGCGGCAGUGUCAUGUGCAUGUUCACAUUUUACAGUCAUGUGAUAAACAGAUACAGACUGUGUGCACAGCAGUCAGUUCUCUCUGUUUGUUCAAGUAGAAGGCUGGAUUCAAGGAAUAUAAAUCAGGUUUUCUAUCGUGGAUCAGUCAUGAAAAAUGAAAACGUUAUGACUGCAUGAUAUGUUUAAGGUCAUGUGACUUGCAUUGCAUGUCCUGCAAUGCGAUAUUUGCUCAUGUUCUUGAUGAUAAAAUUCUUAAUCAUUAAUCCCUCCAAUAUAUGAAUACAAAAAUAAGGCAGAAGCUGGUAUUAGAUUGUUCUCUUCAGGGUGGAAAUACACAAAAUUAACCUCAAGUAUUAUCAUGAACACAAAAGUCUGACUGAAAUCACAUUAAAUCAAACUUCUCACGCUCGGACUAAAAUACUUAAAUAAUGCAGUUAGGUAUCGAUCAUGUAAACGGCUCAAUUGGACCAAAACUGGUCUAAGCAUUCUGCCAUUGCUCCAGUGUCAGGUUCGAGUCGCUGGGGAGGCAGGGAGUAAACAAAACCUCAAAAGACAGGUUGAUAAGCUUUGUGUAACCCCUAAGCUUGGAUCUAUUUGUCAGUGUAAGUAGAGCCAUGUAAGCAAAAGAUACCCUGGGUAUGUUGAACUCGCUUUGUGUUGAUCCUUGGUUUAGCGGCAUAUUUACUUCAAGACUCUUCGUUCCAUACGGCCAACUUUACAAAUCUUACAACGAAAACAGAUCAUUUUGACUGCAUUUACUGGAUAAUUUAUGUUUGUCUAAACACAGAACCAAUGGUAAAAUGUUUAUGGUCAAAAAGUGGUGAGCCAGUAUUUCUAAGAGGGUCCCCUUGAUAAUGCAACUGAAUCCACAGAGAAGAAACAGGAGCAGAUUCACACUGAGAUAGACACACAACCACAAACAAGCACACACAUAUUAAUUAUUCAGAGAGGGGGCUUCUUUUUCAUGCAAAAACAGAUCAAUUUCAAUCAUAUAAUUAGCUCAAAUCACAUUAACAAUGUACACCAUGUUGGCUGAUGCCCUCAUGCUAGCGUAGUCAGGGAUCACCCACUGUCUGCUGUUCCCAUUCAGUCAUUGAGAAAGUGACUAAAGACAGGCACAGUUAAAUGUUGUCUGUGUACCUGACAUGACAGAUGAUCUGCUUGCCUGCUAUGCCAUCACUCCCCCAGCACGGUAGCCUGCAGACAUACAUCUAUGACUGUGAUAUGUAAGCAAGGUUGCACAUGUAUGCAUGCACAAAUACAAGCACACAGUGCACUCGUUGUAUGCAGGCCUGUAUACGCCUCAUUUUUAUUUCACCUGUACCUCUUCAGUUUAUAUAUAGGUGACUCUGUGAGGUGAGCAUGUGUCCAUCUCAGGUUGAUUGUAGUGGCUCUCACAUCCCCUUUUUAGGUAGUCUUGCAGGCAAGGUGGGGAGAAAGAGAGAGGCUUAUCGUGUAGUCAGAUGCACUUUGAGGGUGACGACGUGUACCUGCUGUCCCUGGUCGCCUCACUGGGGAGCACAGUGGGCUAUGGCUCUGGACCUACAGACAACAAAAUGUCAUGGCUCCCCUCAUCACUACAUUGGCCUUGCAGAACCAUAACAUGUUUGCUGUGGGCUAUUCUGAUGCUCCUUUAAUUUUUUCUUUUGCACACAUCGUGGGAACCUACAGUUUGUGGUUUUUACUUUUAGUUUUACUUUAGGUACUGCCAUUUUUUAAUCGUCUCCCAUCCUUGGCAGUUUACUUCCUUGUAGUGCUUACGUACAAAACCAAUCACAUAGUUAUAGCCAAAUAGACCAACUCCUGUCACUUUAAGUAGAUUUAACUGUUUAUGAUCUCAUGUUUUGGUCCAUUUAGUUACCUUCCAAACUGUCCUUUGCAUUUCUACUAUAGUCUUUGUGGUACAACAAAAUCAAAGAUGGUCAAAGCAUCAUUUUGUUUAGUUUUCAGUAUGAUUAUUGCAAUUAUUUAUCAAAAUUAGAAUAAUUAAUUGCUUUUAAGUAUGAAAUCUUGGGUUUGUCUCAUAUGGGAUGUUUCCUCCUCAACACCUCAUAUGUAGUUUGCUUUAUGUCUUUAGUUUUAUGGCAGGGAAUAUUUAUACCACCACACGCUGUGAUUCUGCGAGUUGGGGUGAACAUAGACAUACGGGGUUGUUAGAUGUCUUUGAAUUGUCUGUCAAACAUCCCCGGCUUGCUGUACUGUAUUUAUAGAACUAUGUUCCUCUAUGUCAGGGUUCCAGUGCAUAAUAAAACACAGUAAAUGGAUCCCUGCUAUGUUUAGGUGGCCUGACCUCCAUUAGGACACUACUGCAAAGCAGCUGCAAGUGAAAAGGAGAAAUCAUGGGCAUUUCCCUACAUGCACACACUCACACACACCCAUGCACCAAACAAAACAUUAAAAAUGCCCAAAUUUACUGUCUAUAUUUAGGGCAAGAAACAUAAUUUAUGUUGUGUAAUUUAUUAAAUUACACAAUAGUUCUUCAAACAAUCUUUAAAUUUGGCACAUCAAUCUACUUUGUCAUCUUAAAUUCCGUGAUAAGUCAAUCACAAUAACAAUCCAUCCAUCCUCAAAAUCUUUAUUAGUUAUAGAAUGUCUUUCAUUUGAUGAUUAAUUUACAUAAAAAAACCUGAAAAGGUUACACAAUCUAAGUUUUCCCUUUUUUCAGUUUGAACAGGAAAUUCCUUGUUUUACAGUGAUACAUUUCCACCAUUAGUGUCCAGAAGCAGGUGUUACCAUUGGCUAAGUUCAGGUUAAUGUAAAGUAGGGUUAGACCAAUUAUUAGGGCAGAUAUUUCUACCGUAGUUUAUAAUCUCUUUUGGUGUUUUAUUUUAAUGAUCAUUGAUGAAAUUAAUUUUCCACUCUGGUUUCAUUGCUGUUAAGUCUUUUCCCUCUGUUUUCACUCACCACUCUGUUUCACCACAACAUGACUAAACCCCUGUAACUUUGUUAAAGCCAGUCCAGUAGUGUUGCAGCUUGUCAUGUCUGUUAGCUUCAUGUCUGUUAGCCUCAGCUACACAUGUCUUCAGCUCAGCUCCUUGUGUUUUUUGCUAAUUUUUGGGCUGUUUUACCAUUUCUUCUCUUCUCUUCCUUUGCUGAUGAGUGGUCCGCCAUUAUCCACCAGUCCAGAGUUCUGUGUUCCAGUAAUAUCAAAAAUUACCCUUGAUGACCUUAGUGAUGCUAUAGGAGAGAAAUGUUUUAAUGAUGCAGAAAGAGAUUAAAUCUUGAACAGUAUUAUAGUGUUUUUGCUAGUCAACAUGAUUAGUCUUUGUCAAGGGGAUUUGACUAAUCAAAAUCAAACAUUUAACAAUGGGAUUAGUGGGGUGAUAAAUGGCAAUAGUUGUGUAGUAGUGAUGUCUAUGGCUGUCUGCCCCGAUGAACUAUCUAUAAAAGAUGUUCAGGAGCUCUGUGCUGGCAUUAGUUAGUUAGUUGGCGUCUUGCCUUGAGAAAUUGGAGGCUAGUUUGUCUGCAACAUCAGGUUGAAAUGUUUAUCAAUACUGGUGUAUUGGUUUAUGAUAAGAUACUUUCAUAAUUAAUAACCUUACAUUUCAGCUUUGCUGUACUUAGUUUGAGAGCUUAAAUAUUAAACUCUCUAUGAAGCAUGGUAGACAUACCUGCUUGAUUAUGAUAUGAUAGCGAUUGCAUGAGCAUGUUAACAUUGUCACUGUCGGCACUGCAACAACACAACCAUUCCUAUUUAAAUCCAGAGUACCAUCAGACGACUGCAUGAUAUUGAGAUCCCAUGAUGGCAACCCGUUGGGUGUUCAUAGUUGUGGAUAUGGUGGAUUUUAUUCAUGGUUCGAUUUUAUUUCCCAACCACAGAAAACUUCUGUUUGUUAAAGAGAAUCUUAGACAGUAUUUACCAAAAAAGAGCUAUUUUCUGUGGGUCAUGAAUCAGAUAUAUUACAUGUAUGCAGUCAAAGCAAGUUCAUAUUCAGAGUGAGUCAAUGAACAGUUGGUUUGAUAAUAUAACGUGGAUAAAACAACUCAAAGGAGUUUCAUAUCUCUUUUAGGAGUUUUUAAGAUACAUUUGACCUUGAAUGCUUUAGUGAGCUGGUUUGAGUUUGUGGUGGUAUUUCUUAUUUUGUAUUUAGAAGCUGUAAAAUAAGAACCCACCUAUCACUCAAUAAUGUGAAAAAAGCACUAAGUGUGGUUGAGUUCAUGUCGCUCAAAAAUAGCAAGAAGGAAGUAGGGGGUAGCAGCUCAUACAGUCGCAAGCAGAAAUUGGUUUCUUGUAGACGCUAUCAAAUGCUGAGAGCGCACUUACAUCCUAUUAGUAAGCCGUGUAGCUCCUCUAAAUGCACUGGCUAUCUGGCAUUGGUUAUAUCAGAGAACAUGGGAAUAUGACGAGCAAAUGUCAUUACCUAUGUUUGCUUUUCUUCCUUUGAAGUUUUUCUUGUCCUCCUGGGCUUUCACUCUUAACAUGAGCAAACACAGUGGUGGCAAGGUCUGUCUAAAUAUAACUGCACUUGACAACAAGCUGGAACAGUAGAUACCCUUUUACUUUGAAGAAAUCCAAUUACUGUCACUGUUUCCCUUGUGCGUGUUUGAGCGUGCAUGUUCUGCGUGUGCAUGUAAUAGGCAUGACACAGAGGCGUGUCUGUGUGUACUGUAUAUUAUGUAUGCAUGUGUAAGCGUGAGUUGCAUUUGGUAAUCGUUAUGUGAGCCGAGUACAACUCAAGCAUCUGCUACAAAGCAAACUUUGUCGUUUUUGCAGUAUUUAACAGUAAUUAUGUAUUUAAAGAGAGGCAGUGUUUGUCUACAGUUUUAUGUGUUGAAUGAUGAAAUGAUACCCCUCCUCUCCAAACGGUAAAAUGCAGUGCUGGACAUUAUUGAUGUCCCCUGUUUUGCCUCCAUCAUGCCUAAGUAAUUGAGUUUAGUCAUGCUCACAGAAGGAAAAAGAAGAUACUACACUGCUUGCACUAAAAAAUGAAAGUAUUUAUUAGCUGUGACCAAGUCUUUGCUGUUUAAAAAUACAGUUUUUCUUUUGGCGAUGUGGGGCGUCAGUUCAGUAGCAGCAUCAAUGAGGGGUAUCAAGGGAGGAAGGUAAGAGUAUUUAGCUCUGCUUUGUCACAAACAUGCGAAGUCACACGAGAGACGAGGGCGUUUUAGAUCCAGCUACUCAUCAUUGAAAUGAAAAACAGUACAUCGUCCAUCAAAGCUAAUGACUGGGAGCCAAAGAAAAAAAACAAGACUACCCUGAAAAUUUUAUGAGGAUAAAAAUGGAAGCCACCUGGAGAGUGUCAGGUUAUUAUUAUCUGUAUGUUUUUGGCCUGUGAGGCACACACUGUGUACCAAAAAUAAAACUAAAUUUUCACCCGACUUGGCUGUGGCCAGAGGUCUUUUUGGAUCAGGAAGUGUGAUCCAGCAGUCCCCUGCAAAGCCAAAGAGUUAUUUACUUCAACACACCGUGAAUCUAUAGACACCAGCUGCAUUUAAAAAAGGAAUCCAUUUCCUGGUUGUUUAUGCAGUUUUCUUUCUUUCUUAUUGCAUCGCCCUGCUCCUAAAAUUGGUUUUACUCAGAGAUCUUUGAGGCCUAGUUAAAAGGUGGGUGGCUAAAUCAUCCAAGCUCACUGGAGCAGUGCACAAUGCAGACCCCGCUUAUGGUCCAUACUAUGGAGCAGCCGGGAUAUAUCACCUUUUUUCACAAAAGGACCAAUCUGAAUUCAAUUACAGAGCCAGAAGAGAUUGCAAUUCAUCUGAACUCUCAGACCCAUAAGAUGGACGAGGUUGCUGUAAAAUUUGUAAUUAACCAUUAACCCUUGUUGACCUUUCAGCUGUGAUAUACAGUCGCAACACAAAUAGCUUCUGUGACAAGUUGCCUUCUGGCAUGAUGAAAGGUAUCAUAUAAGCAGCAUAUUACACACGUAAAUGAAAACAAAACACUUAAACCAACGGUGCAAGUGUAAAUAAACCGUGUAUUCAGUUGUUUCUUAACUCUUUCUCCAGGAUUGUGAUUGCAGGAGUUUGAGCUGUUGAAAAUGAUCUUUAUUGUCCAAACAUUCAUUCACAUAUAAAGUGUAAGCUGUAGGAAAUGUUUCUUUUUUUAAGAUGUGUUUUUUUGUCACAUGUUUAUUUUUAGGGCUGUACAAAUAGCAGCUCUCUUUAUACACUUGAAUGUGUUUUGCAAAAAAAGUAUACAACAUGAAGUGAGAUAAACACCGCAGGCUAAAACGGGGCAGAUUUCCAGCCCAUUUCCUCCCUUCCGACAGAAGUCAGCAAAAGCCUGAUUAGCAGAUGGCUCUUCGGAUUAUUAUGUCAGACUUUCCUGUGGUGUGAAGAGUGAUUUCACUUCUCCAAUCAGAGCCGCUCCAUGUUAUAAUUGUAAAUAUUACAAAUGUAAGAUAUUAUAAACAAAUAUCCAGUAUUGUAGGAAGGACUUGUUGUGAUUGCUGAGUCGUCUGUAUAAUUGCACAUCACAAACUGUCAACACUACACUGUUAAAUCUGAACUAUUUGAGGUCAUGUGCCUGUAUGCUUUGACUAUAGUUUUCUCUCUCUCUAUGUCCUUCAUUAAGGUUUUACUGGGACUUGACCAUGCUGCUGCUAAUGGUCGGCAAUCUCAUCAUCAUCCCCGUCGGCAUCACAUUCUUCAAAGACGAGCACACACCUCCUUGGAUCGUGUUCAACGUUGUCUCUGACACCUUUUUCCUCAUGGACCUGGUUCUCAACUUCAGAACGGGCAUCGUCAAGGAGGACAACACAGAGAUCAUCCUGGAUCCGCAACAGAUCAAAAUCAAGUACUUGCGGAGUUGGUUUGUGGUGGACUUCAUCUCCUCCAUCCCUGUGGACUACAUCUUCCUCAUCGUAGAGACGCGCAUCGACUCAGAUUUCUACAAAACUGCGCGAGCGUUGCGGAUUGUGCGCUUCACGAAGAUCCUCAGCUUACUGCGGUUAUUACGUCUAUCUAGGCUCAUUCGCUACAUCCACCAAUGGGAAGAGGUAGGAUUUAUUGUAUGUGUGUAGUUUGGCUGAAUGUUUCACACUCUCUUGUAUGAUGUGUAUAAUGAGUGCCAAUUUGACUUGUUCUGGCAAACUAUCUUCCAUUGAUGUCAGCUAAUGGAUUCACUCAGAGAGGGAAAAUCAGACAUGCAGAGGCAGAGAAAAUACCUGGAAAAUCCCGUGGAGUGACAAUCAUACAAUCAUGUCAUCAACUGAUGAAUCGAGUCAAACACAUAGGGCUAAACCAAUUAUUUCCAAAUGGUUUUCCCAAGCGGGGGAAAUACUCCAAGUAUGUUUGCAGAGCUCUGUACCUUCUUUUUUCCCCCUGGUUAGAAAAAUAUGGAUGGCUGCUGCUUCUGAUUACAUCCACCCUUGAAAGGCAUGAAGAGGCUCUUUUGCUGUAACCCAGACACCAACGAGUUGAUAAAGCCAGGCCGCUGAUUAGCAUUUCCACUUUGUGUGCCCAUCCAACGAGCAGUGGGACGACAGAGCCCAGAGAGGCGUCACUGCAGCACAUGCAUGAUUAUAAUUGCAGCAAUAAUUAGAAAAAUGUCCCAUCGCUCUGGCUGGAAGGAUCUUGUUGAUUCAGUCUCGGAGGUAAAAGGUGCAAAGCAGCCGAGUCUCAGCGUGGAGUCAACAAGAAGACACUCGAGAUAACAUAGGACAGUCAGGGCUGCUUUUGUUGGUCAUAUUUAAAAUGAGAGAAAAACACUGCAUAAUUUAAUAAAAGCAACCCACUAGCGGGACUACUUUUUUGGAGUGCUUUCUAAUAAACUGCUGAAUUAUUCCGAGUAUCCCCCCCUAAAAAUAACCAGAGCUAGUUCACGGUUUAGUGUCUCGCUGAAGAGUACUUUCAAUCAGUGAAGAGGGAUAUAUUACAGACGCUGUAAUGCAUUGAACAUGACUGUUGAUGUCAUGGAUUAAAGCAAUGCUUUACAGUUAAUAGUCUGCUCGUGGACCUCGAAGCCCAGACAUCAUGUAGGAGAUUAUUAUUUUUGUAGUAUUGAAUUUUGUGUUUAACGUGAAUACCAAGGCAUGAUGUGGAUACAGUUCAACAGAUUGAUGAAGAACCUCUUACCCAUUAAUUCUAAUUUAUCUAUAGGUAUUAUUCAAGCGCAGGUUUUUUAUCUGAUUUAAAUUAAAUAUGAUUUUAACAGCAAUAUUGUCAUUGUAUUAGAAAAUAAAAUUUUUGAAGUGAUGUUAGCAAAACAAUCACUAAAAAACAAACAGUCUUAUCAUUAUUGUCUAGACCAGUUAUGUGUGUACCACUGAUUAAAGUCCUUUGAAAUGAGAGAGGCACAAAAGAACACAGAUAUUUGGAGGGCUUAUUUUGACAAUAAUAACUGAACCCUGAAUUCAAUCUAAUAUUUUUAGGAAGAGGAAGUUAGUUGAUGCUGUGUUACCUAAGUGGAUGGCAUUACAUGUCCAAAGGGAAUGGCUGAAUAGCAAGCUGAUUGCCAAUCAAACCACAGCAUCCCCAGACCUGCCCACAGGCUUUCUGAAAAGUUUCAGUUUUUCAAAUAUUCAGCUGGCGCUCUGCGUAGAACAGUGUAUAUAAGUGUGGUGACAUUAAUCAUGCAGGGCCUCUGUGAUGCCAUUUCAAAGAGAGGAAAAGUUCAAAUGAAAUCACUUGGGGAGACUCCCUCUGCCACCCUGUGCCUCCGUGCACGCUUGCCGCUGUAAGUUGGAGACCAAAAUGAAGGCAGGGGUACAAGCAGUAGAGGCCAGCUUUCGUUUGAAUAGAGUGGACACACUGACAAUGUUCUGUCUCAUGUUCAGCCUGUGCAAUAAGUUAGCAAAGGAAAGAUGCCAGAGAGGAGAAAAAGGAUUGAAGGAAAAAGAAAGAAGACUCACAGAAGCAUCCGCUGAACUAGUGCAAGGCAUCUAAAAACGCCAAAACAAUAGGACAAAGCCAGGGGACAAUGCACUCACGGAGCCAGCUCGCCAUUUACAUGUUUUAUGCCCGCACGGCGAUGUGUGCAAAACUGUGUGUGUGGUUUGCUGAUGAAUGCUAGCUGGGCAGACGGAGUGAAAGGCCAGCUUUGCCUCAGUGCCAGAGUACUCCAGAUGCAACCUCACAGAAAUGUCAUCUGUCACUGCAGAAUAACUUGUCACUGAGAUCUCACCACCUGACUGACUUUUUGACUUUCCCAUUGAAGCGACACUUCCGACAACGUGUGCGCAUCUCAUCGCCAUUUCAGUAUUUAAAUAACACGUCGCACUGACCUAGCUUCGGCCGAUUCACCUGCACAUAGAUCAUAGGAGGAAAAUUCAAACUACUGUCACACUUUGCUUUCACUCACGUACUCUGAUACUAUCCUGUCCAACAGAUUUUCCUAUAGAUACAGUCAAAGUGAUGAAGUGUUUUUCUUGACAUUAAUAUCAUGAUACGGAUGUCAUUCCGGAUAGUGUGCAGUUUAAACCCCCUAAGGCAUCACUGCAUGUUGAAUAUUGCACUAUAAUAGCAGAUGCAUCUCUGUCAUGGCUGAAGCUGCAGACCUUAGAUGUCCCUGUAUACCCUGACAGGAAUAGCCGAUUUAUUUUACUCAUAUUUCACAAGUAUCUGCAUGCUAUAAAUAGACUGCUGCACAUAUUCAUUUGCUUUUGUUAUUGUUUGAGUUUCAUUUCCUCCUCAGCUCAGUAAGAAGUCACACAGAGGACACUUCUUCCGGGAUGUGUUGAAUACAGCUCAGUGAACUGCACUGCAUGGUUUAAAUCCUCGUAGAGUGAUACUGUUGGGAACAAAUUUUAAAAUUAGAAUCUUUUCUCAUGUACCCGCUGCGGUGAAUAAUCUUUUUAGGAAUUCAGGACAAGACAAAAGCAUCUUACAUGUGUACUGAAACGAUGUGGGUGCAAUUCAGUACAAGGACAAAACUGGGCUCAUAUCUAUUGUUGUUUUUUACUUUGAGGAUGGGCAAAAGACUUUCAUAAGAUGGAAAAAAAAUUGAUUCAUACAAUUAUAGUGACAUAUUUACAUUCAUACCAUGUGGAAAUUUCUGCCAAAAUGGGACUAAUCCAAUUAUAAUACCUCACUUUAAAAAGCUGCCCCAGUGUGACUUGCACUUUCACCGUAAUAGGCUGGUCCAACUCGUCAUAAAUCUGUUUCAUAAUCCUUCAGGGACAGUUGGCUAGCUCCUGCAUGUAGUACCCGAGUCACUUAGUGAUAUAACAACAUGUGUGAGACAAAUAUAGGAGCUGUAUCUACUUAAGUGUCUUUAAAACCUUUCUCAAAAAUAUAGUUGAAAGUUGUGUUGGAUUUUUGUCAGAUAAUUGUAGAAUAUUUAUUUCAGUAUCCUGUCUAUGUCAGUUUAGAUUUACUGCAUGUGAGUGUAUGCAUGCUCGCCUUGUUGUCAUGGACUAUAAUUGCACGUCAUUAGGACGGUAUAAUGUGCCAGCAGCCUGAAGCUCAUAACAUGAUAUCACGCAAACACAAACUGUUGAAGUGUCCUUGAGUGCGAUGCUUGACCUCCACAUUUUUUCCUGUGGGGUUUCCCAGGAGACAGUAGGAAGGAUUUGGGGCCAGAGAAGAGAUACAUCAUUUUUCAUCAAACUGAUAAGCCAUACAAUUGUCACUACAGUCAACACUUCUUGCAGAGCCAUAAAUAAUAAUGAAAAUUAUUUUAUCAUACACUAAUGCACCUGAUGAGGACUUUUUUUUUCUUUGAAACUUAUUUCAUGAAAAUGCUUGUUUACUUUAAUGGUAGUAUAACUUUAAAUGCUGUACUUCAGAGAACAGAGAUUUUUUAUUACAUAGUGGAAUUGUUACCUUUAUUCAUGUAGGAUCUGGGCACCUAUUCCACAGGUAAGUUGAGUGUGUAAAUAUAUAUAUGUAUGUAUGUGUAUAUAGAAAUAUAGAUAGAUAGAUAGAUAGAUAGAUAGAUAGAUAGAUAGAUAGAUAGAUAGAUAGAUAGAUAGAUAGAUAGAUAGAUAGAUAUAGACAGUAUAUUUUUUUGUAUCUGCUAUACCCCCCACCCUUAAACAUACUACUAUAAAAAAUGAGUGUACAAAAUAAUUAUGGCUUUCUUUCUCAGUUUCCCAUUUAAUAAUGACAAGUCAGAAUCAUCUUUGCAGCCUGAAAAUUUGAAAGAAAAGUGAAAGAAAAACUGAACACAAUUUUUUCAAAAUAGUUAAAAAAGGUAAAAAUUAAAAAGCUGUCUCAUGCUGUCUCCACCCCCACACUGGCCCCGUCAGUGUCCUAUUCCUAAACCAGUGCCCUGACCCCCUCAGCCGCUUGUGGAUCCCCGUCUUCCAUGUCCCUUUUUAUCCCAGCGGUCGUGAAUUAGCUCUGAUUGCUUCCAGUUCCUCUCCAAACCCUCCAGAUUUCAGGGUGUUUUUACAGCCCCCAUGUUGACACAAUGUUGUUUACAAACAUGGAGGUUUUAUUGGUGGUGGCUUUUUGCCAGUGGUAACACUGUCAUGCAUAAUGACGUUGAGCAUGGUGUGCAGAUAUCCAUCACACACACAGACACACGGAGCAGACUGCGGUUAUGGCAGCUCCCCUGUCCUCCUCUUGUCAGCUUCCUCUUGUCACUUUUCAUUGGGAUAAAAAUAAGACUGUGACCGGAUAUUCUCCUCAUUGGAGUUGUCUCCUGUUGACGAACCAGUGACUUGGAUGAGAUUAGUCAUCCUGUUAAAUCAGAUACAAGGCAGUGCACUAAUGACUAAGCUCUGAGGGCUUCCUCUCAUCGUGCCUGAUGCCUACAACAUAACUGUCUCGACUGGCCGACCCAGUAAAUGUUGCUUUUAGCGUGCAUGGAGAUAAAUUUAUAGGACAAUAGCUGAGGCAUUUAAUGAGGUUAUUAUAGAAUUUAGAUAAUGAUGUUAAUUAUUGUAACUUUAUUUUAUGUCUUUAUACAUGUGAAACUGCUCUUUACCAAGAGUGUGAGAAAUUUCUAGAAAAGCACUAACAGCAGUAGUAGAGUAUUUUCAUGGAAAGGCUUGAAAUCAAUGGGUUAAAGUGUGAGAAGCUAAGCAUACAUAUAUGCAUCACAAGAGGACGAUAAUUUUGUCCCUUGCUUUUGUCAAGAAUUUUGGCUAAGCCUGCCCGAGUGCCUUCAUGCUACGGCUUUGAGCAAACAAAACGAUCUGUCAGUAAAUGCUCAGGACCUGUGAGAGAAGUUAGCCAUGUGGCUGCCCCAAGGGUCCAGAGAAGAAGAUGCCUUUCGUAUUCACCCAGUAAAUCCUUACAAAAAUAUUUAAAUAAGAUAAAUCAGGUAAUCAGCUUCACACUCACUGACCCAUUACCUUAGCCAAGGACUGGUCUUUUAGAGAUAAGCGACGCAGGAAGAAUAGAUUUAAUGGGCUAUUAUUGAGUGCACAAUGAAGCUUGCCAGCAAAAGUGACAGGUCCUCAACAUUCUGAAUAAGCUUUGUAUGAUAUCAAUACCCAUGGUGGAUUUGCUUAAAAAAAGUAUUACGCAGAGAUGUGUAAUCCUGCAGAAACCCAAUGGCGCAUCCUGGCAGGGAGCAAAGCAAGAGUAGUUUUUGUGAUCCAAGCCCUCCAGGCCUGUUCAGACAGAUGAUGGAAGGGUUUUCCCAGUGGUCCACUCCCAGGCCUACUUCUCAUUCUCCAUGUGUGCUUCGUCCACCAUGACAGCAUGCAUGAGCAUGACAUUUUGGUCAAGGCAUUUAGAGUGAGAAAUCUAACCCCUGCCCGCAGCCUGCUCCCUGAGUCUGCCAUCAUCCUGGAUGAUUAAAAAUAACACUGAGACAUGCAUGGAUUGAUUUAGCUGAUAAACUCCAUUACUCAUCAUCACAGGGUAAUCAUGUCUCUCUCAGACACUGGAGAACCAAGCAUGUGGCAAUUUAACGUAACAAAAAAUUCACUUGUUCAAAAUAAGCAAUUUCCAGAAAAAAAAAACUAGUAAUAUUAGGAUAACCGUAGCAUUUAUCUCAAUCUUUUAUUGAGCUCAUCUUCAUGUGUGUCCCAAAUUUCUCUAAUCAGAAAUCUUAAAAUGAUUUCAACUAAAUGACUGAAUGAUUUCUCUGGUACAGUGAUAAAUUAUUUAAUCCCAAAACUGUCCUCCUGAUGCUUUUUGGAUUGCAGUACAAUGAAUACUGUGUGAUAAAAUGAAAUGUCCACUCGGUUCAUGACUACUAUAAAACUGCUGCCAAAGCAUGGCAUGUACAAUUACCCUUCAUCAUUACAUGAAUUAUGCAAAGCCAAUUAAAGCAAAUCAAACACAUAUUUCAUAUAAAGCAUGUCCCCUUGGUGAGAAUCAGUCAAAAACAAAGAGGAGGAGAUCUGAGGCAGGCUGGUUUAUGUGUUUUAGGUUUCAGGAAGCAAAGUACCGUCAGAGACGCAGUAUGACUGAGGACUUUUUUGUUUUCUCUUAUGUGUUGAGACGCCGUCACGCCAAACAUUCAUCAUCAUUAGUGGCGCGAGCAGCAAACACCAGAUGCCUCUGUAUAUUGCUACAUCGGCUGUGUCUCUGCAGCCACCGUCAGCACUGUGGGACAUAUGCGUCUAUUCUCUCACCUGGAUCACGCUCACCUCACUCCAUCUGUUUGAGAUGGCGAGGCAGCUGCCUUCAUCCACAUGCCUGAUUGCUGGCUCAUGAGGAUGCAAAUUAGUUUAUAACUUUAGCAAGUAACCCUGUAUUUGACCCCUGUCCUGACCUGUGAGUUUUAUUUGUUUUCCAAUUUUUGCCGUCAGUGUCUGUGAUUGAGUGUAGCACUAUAGUCAAAGAUCAAUUUGUGUUUAAGUUGGACUUGUAGCAGCGGAAGUAAACAGAACUGGUCACAUCAUUUCCACCAAAAGUACUAGGAACUUUAAUGCUGCGCUCGAGUAGCCUCGGAAGUCAGGUGUCAGAGCUGAAAAUGACAUCACACCUGAGUUACCAGCAUUUCAGUUACUAGCGUUUCAGUUACCAGCGUUUCAGUUACCAAGUCGGAAAAAAGCAAAAUCGGAGGUGGUGACAAGAUGGCUACAUCUAUGAAGGUUAUUUUAGCGCUUGCCUUGUCCUUGUUAUGUUCGGACAAGGCAGGAACUGAAAUAACUUUCGUAGAUGUAGCCAUCUUGUUUUCACCUCCGAUUUUGCUUUUUUCCGACUUAAGGCUAAAACAUACAGGAUGCGUAUCUGGAGUGUGGCAGCAAAUUGGUCGCCAUUCUGAUCAAUGCAACAGAGCAUACAGGAUGCACAUCAGCUCCGUUGCAGCAUCAAGAGUAGCACUGCUAAAGAUACGCGGCAAGUCUAUUUUUGCUGCUCUAUGCUUCCAAAUCCUUUUUCACAUAAAGUAGAAGCUCAACAGUCACAAAUUAGCAGCAAAUAGACAAUAGAGAGUCAAAACAACCUGUUGUGAGCAUGUUGUUUCCUCUAUACUGAGCCCAGCUGACUUGGGCUGCACUAUGCUGCUGCCACGCUCCAAAUACGUAUCCUGUAUGCGAUACCCAAUGCUGCUCUAUGGAGCAAACAUGGAACACGUUUAAUAUGUUUUCAGCUUUAGUAACUGAACGUCAUUUUCGGCUCCAACAUCUGAUUUCCAAGGUAACUCGAACGCAGCAUUUAGUCCAAGGAUGUACUUUUAAGAGAUUUGAAGACUCCCCCACCCCUUUCACUUUCUUUUCAUUUCAGCUUGUCUAUACAAUCAAGGCAUUUGUAAAAUAUUCUGUUGUUGUGCAGGAAAGCGUGUUUCAGGUUUCAAACCAGUCCAAAAUAGCUAAUGCUUACCACUUCUGAGCAGAGACCUUUUGGGCACUAAAACGAAGUCUUGGGACUUUAUGUAGUCCCUGUCCCUGAGGUGGGACUGCACUGAGAACAUCCUUAAGUCCCUCGUCUCUGUGGAAAGCUUCUGCAGUGUAAACACAGCUUCAGUUGACGUUAGUGCCGGUCCGGGGAGUAAAAGAUUGUAGGGAUUGAAGUAUAGUAUUUCUAUGGUAACAUUAAAUCACAAUGGCAACGCUUCUAUGGUAAUUUGAUUUAUGUUUUAUUAUUUGCCUUGUAAAGUAGCCGUUCCUAUAUAAAUGAUUCCAUCAAAAAAUGCCUUCAACCAUGUCAUUGUGAUUUUAUCAGCAGCACUGAUGAAAGCCUUUCGGUCACAGAAUCGAACCUGUGGUUGUUUUUUUUAUUGAGAUUAAAAGAAAAAAAUGGAGGCACAUUUUAAUACUGCCCCUUAUUGAAAAUGAGGUAGUGAGAGUAACAACAGGGCUGAGGCAAUUCUUUAUUGUCAAGUCUCUUUGCCCCCAUCAAUCAAAGCUCUCUUGUUUAUGGAGAUGCAAAUACAGCCGAGCUCCCUCUUUGUCCCCAUCAAUUAAGAGAAAGUAGGCAGCAAUCAAUCAGUUUUCAUGUAACACACUAUGAUGAGGAAUUCUGUGCUAGUAUACAUGUUUGUGUGUAAAUCCUGCCUGUGUGUUGUAUAUACAGUAUUAUAUGCUGGUUUUUGUCACACAAAGCAGAGGUCUGUAUGUGCCUACUUUCUAACGAGUUUUUGCCAGCAGCAGUAUUUGGCACAAUUUUUGUAACUGGAAAGUCUGUUCCUGCUUUGCAUGGCAGGUGUAUUUGAUGUAAUUACAGCUGUGAAAAGAGAGAGAGAGGAAUCACCUUCCUUCUGACAGUACAGUUUAGGUUACAAGCUGGAGAUUUGCAUGGCAUUAUUCAUAGCAGUUCUUGUGGGCUUUAUUCUCAAACAGAGGUAGAGUGCCAGAGGUCUUCUGAGGGCACAUCUACAGAGGGGAUGUUGCAGGAGUUAUUGUUGACUAGUAAUGACACAUUCAGGCUGCAGCAGUAGAUACUGAAAGGAAUUUAUCCUCCUUCAGAAAUGCACCAGCACUAUAGACCUUAAUAAUAUCCACUUUAUUUACAAGUUCAAGGACAUCCCUCUGAACGCAGCGUGACUGAGCAUAAAACACCAACAGUUGUGGAUUAUUUAUUGCUCUAUAAGAAAAGUUAUGUCCCAGAAAGUGUAGGAGUUGCAAACUCUGCAGGAGCUGUGUACUUUAGUAGUCAAAGUGAUACUAAAAGGUGAUAAAUUUUUAGUUUUAGUUUGAAGAAAAAAGUGGACAAAUCAUGUUUUUUUUAUUCCUGAAUGUUGAAUUCUAGUUUUUGUCUCAUCCCCUCUGCUUGCUGAAUGCACAUUACUCUCAUCUAUCAUUGUUCAAAUUACUCUUUUUUUUUAACACUGUUUAAAAAGAUCAUUGAAAUGCAGUGAGAUAACACUUGACAUUUUAUGAAGAAUGAAGUUUACAGAGGACGCAUAGCACUUUUUCUUGAACAAAAUAUGCAGCGUCACCUCACUGAUGUAUGAGGAUGAAUGCAUUAAUGACAUAGUGAUUAUGCUUGAGUAACUCUAUCCUCCUUCAAAAUUAAUAAUAUCAAAUAUGAAAAAUGCUCUUCAAUCUUGCUCGAUGUCACUGUCGAUAUCUCAGUUGCUGUAUUUGGGUUCACAUAUUAUUAAGCAGGUUUUUUUAUAGCUCUGAAGCAGCAUCUGUUUUAUAAAGCUUCCUUUUCCUGUCAUGAAAUAAGAUUUCACAAAUGAAAAAUAUAUCAGGCUCAGUGUGGGAGAUGGAAAGGGGUACCUCAUGAUUUAUUCAUUCACCACAGAGUGAAUUUAACACUCUAAUGUUAUGGAAUGCCAUUACUGCUCCAGCAGGAAAUUUGACAUCACUCAACAUUGCAUAUUAGAUAAAAUGACUUAUUUAUUUUCACUGUGUUUAAGAAAAGAAAAAAAAAAAAAAAACUGGCGCCUCAUAAAAGCAGAGUGGCUCACAUUUGGUGUGCAACUGUGAACAGACGUGUAGAAAAUUAGGGGAUCUUGUGGGUUGACCAAGAAAAGGUGCAGCUGGGCGAAUGAUUCAACUUAGGUGAUGUGAAAGUGCCCGAGGCUAAACAGUUUGAACAAGAGCCCAAAGAAAGAAGGAAAGCGACUGAGUGGGAGAGAGGCGCAUGGAGUUUCAGUGAGUGUGUUUGCGUGAGUGGGGAUGUCUCCAUUCACUCUCAGAGAGCCUGGCUGCGCUCCUCGCCCAGGCACACUUUUCUGGGCUUACCUCUGGCUUCAUGCUAGCCUGCUGAUGGAGCUAAAUUGAUGUGAUUUGAUGGUGCACCCACACUGUCCUGCACAGACGCCACCCCGGUCCCUGCCAGCCUUGUUCUUGACAUGCACUCGAAAAAAAAAAGAAGAUAAACGUUGUUACGUGAAUGUAUUCGGAUUGAAGCAGAAAAAUAAACAAACCUAAUGCUUAGGAGCAAAUAUUAUGAUUAACAUUUAGAUGGCAAAUAUGUUUAUGCGUUUAUUUCCCCCUCAUCAUCACCCACUAAUGAACAACAAAGCAAAGAUGGAAUAUCCCCUCAUAGUCACAAGCCCUAAAAAGGCAUUGAGUGGAUUUUAAUAAGGAGUGGAGUGGUUAGCGGUGCACACCCUGGUCUUCAAUGGGAUUAAGAGGCUUUGAAUGGUGAGGCCAUUAAAAUCUACACCAGCCAACGAGUCCUGGAGCGCCUUAUGAGUGUAUUUAUCAUUAGGAUUAACGAACCCAGCCUCUGAACGCUCUCACCCCGGGAGCUCAGGCACCUCUACCAGCGUACAAUUAUUAUGUUUGGCUGAGUGGCUGACGAUAAGAGCGAAUCAGCAGGUAAAGCUUUGGUCCCAGUCUGCCCACCGUUCCCUGUGGAUCACUCUCAAAACAGCAACAUCUGCAUCUACAAGCUCAUCUGUGUGUACUGUAGAAAGCAGUUGUUUCCACAGGCUCAGGUCUCUGUUAUCUCAUUUUUAAACCAUGAACCCUUUGCAUGGCAUUAUCUAAAAAAACAGACCCAGAAGUUACGCAGUCUCCCUUGAGGCUGUUUGUGUGCUUUUCAGUCUAGAGAGAUGCGGGGAUUCGACCAUCAGUUUGUUACUUAAAAAAAAGAUGACAGCCCAAAAUAAACAUACCUCUACACAAUGACACUGAAACAGCAUAUUCUCAACUGUCUUUCUUUCACCCUCUCCUCCCCUCUCAGAUCUUCCACAUGACCUAUGACCUGGCCAGCGCCAUGGUGAGGAUAGUCAACCUGAUUGGUAUGAUGCUGUUGCUGUGCCACUGGGACGGCUGCCUGCAGUUCCUGGUGCCCAUGCUGCAAGACUUUCCCGCUGACUGCUGGGUGUCCAAAAAUAAGAUGGUGGUAAGUGCUCCUCCUGCACAGAGUCCUCCUCCUUGUUUGAAUCAGAUUAUGCCCCGUCUUAUCUCAUCCAUCAGCUUCAGUAAUUACUGAACUAAACCCUUAAGCAUCCUGGGAAAGAUUGCCCUACAUAACGGUCAUUUUUCAAGCCCCAAAUCAAACAUAUCUGUCUGCUAAAUUUGCCCACAUUUAUUCAAUUUUCUGAUUAUUUUUAUUUAUUUGGAGCCCUGAAUAUUUGCUCUUGUCGUGAAAGAAGAGAGAAACAGGGGCUGUGUAGGGGGCAUUGAUUUUUGGAGGAGGGCAGACGUCCCCUUAUUCAAUAUUGGCUGAAUAUUGACAGUUUCCGGUGAGCACUCAUGCUGUAUUUUAAUUUUGCUGCAUUGUGAAAAAACAGCUGCUUGAGUGGAGUCUCCAAUAAAGCCUGACUCCCAAUACAAUCCUCUUUCAAACGGACACUGUCACACCUGAUGUGCGACUCUGAGUCAUUGCAUCUGAUAGCCUCGUGUUAACCUGGCAUGUUUUGAAGGAUAGUGGCUUGAAAGGCAUUGAGUUAUUGUCAGGUUUUGUUGUUUGGCCUUCAAUAGGAUUGAUUUAACAUCCGUUAAUUCCUCUCUCUCCGGUAUAACGUACCAAUAAAUCAACAUGUAUUUAACCCUUAAAGGGAAGCAGCUGUGGAGAGUGAUGUCUUGAAUCAUGUACAUAUUGAUAUGGGUGUCAAUGGGGCAAGAUUUGGGAUUUGUAAGGUCAACAAGUCAUUUCAGUGAAACUCGUGGGACAAAAGCUUGUGAGAUUCAAAGGUGUCUUUGCAACAUUUGAGCAAACUAGUUCUUCUUCUUUCAACAUAGUGCAUUCACUGAGUGAUAGCUGUUUGUUAUCAAUAUAAUUUUCUGUUAGAAUUAAUAAUUAAUAAACAAUGAAUCAAAAUUAUUAGCAACACAGUUUAAUAUCUGUGUUACAGGAUAAAAUGACUAUUUUUUUAGGUGUUUUAAUAACUCGUCAUUCAUCCAAAUUGACUUGAAAACACAUUACCGCUCAUGUCUUUGCACAGUGACAAUAGAACAACAUAUUUUGGAGAGACCGCUUUGAUUUUCACCCAAAGCAGCUUCUAGUUAUCUGUAUGAUCAUCGCUGCGUGCCAGAGCAGAUGUCACAUGAGUGCUUACAUCGCUCAAGGUAUGAUGUAUUUGGUUCAUCAUGCCUCGCUGCCCCUCUGACAUGCUCACUUGUUACGUUUAAUCAUAGGAAACGACAGAUGUUGCAAACCUCUUUCCCUUGAGAUGUUCACACUUAGGCUAAUUUUAGCUCAUUUUCCGUACCUGUCUCUGUCAGGAUGCACACAGACAGGUGAGGUAGUCCCCCUGUUCAGGAACAGUAACAGCUACUCGGGGUCAAUCGAGCACCCAGCAGGCAGCCCCUUUAAGCAGAUUUCCAUUUUAUUGAACCUUUUUGUCUCUAAAUUAAAUCCCUGAUAUAGAGUGAGACAAAGAUAGAGAUGUGUUGUCAGACUUGGAAAUCAAGGCUAUAUCGAAGCUACUAGCCUGUUCUAUUUUAGUGUUUUCACUCUCUUCGCUAUCAUGAAAGAUGCAUUUUACCACUAGCUCCAUAUGCAGAGCCAAGUUGCAGGGGGAUUAUCUUAAGUUACAUAAGCCUGAGCUGUCAGGCAACAUAACAUAAACUGUGGCUCAUCAUUAAGGUACAGUUGAGUAUGCAUGGAUUAAGAUCCAAUUUUAAGUCUUACUCUGCAGCAGUAAAAACAAAGAUAUUAUUGCUUUACUAAUCUCCUUGUUUUAUUCUGAGAAAACAGUGAAACCUCAUGUACGCUGCAGAAAAGCAGGCUUUCAAAUCCUGCAGCAGUGCAUAGGAACAUUUGCCUUUUUUAAAAAUAUAAUCUCUGAUUUUUUUUCUUUUCAAUGUUUACAUUUUCAUUUAUUGUUAAUAGCAAGCUCUUCUUUUACUCUCACAUGCUGCCACAAAACCCUCAAAAUGCUCCCAUCCAAAUCGUUAAUGUUUCAAUACCUCCAUGUCAGCGACUCCGAGAUACAGGCUCACAUGCCAGAUGCCUUGUCACAAGAUGAUUUUAUGCAGUCCUGACUAGAUUAUAUUUAGGUAUUUUCUGCUUCUCGAGUCUGUUUCCAAAACUCCCACAGAGGUUUUUUCUCCCUUUUUUUGCAUGAACCUGAACACAGCCCUUUGUUUUGGAUCCCUAAAAUAAAAUGUGAGGAAGAGCUCUCAUAAUGGACUUGGUUUAAAUCUUGUGUGGGGAGUGCAGCCUUUCAUUAACAUCAAAAUGGACUUUGUUUUGUUCACACAGUAAACACCAGCUAAUUAAUUGCAUUACAGAGAAUAAUGGUUCUCAGUGUGACAGAAUAACAACUAUAUCUUCCUGAAUUAAUUCAAGCCUCAGGGGCAGGCACCUCUCUAUUGGAAAGCUUUUCAUGUUUGGCUCAGAUUACCUGGCAGACCCAGAGUUUGUUAGCAUCGACUCACAGUCACGGCUGGUUUGAUUCUGAUUAGAAUCAUCAGAAGACAUAUUUUGUCUCCUUUUACAGUAGCUGUCUCAUUAUCUUGCUGGGUCAUCACUCUUUACCUUUACAGGGGGGGGCACUAAUAAAAUCGCUAUCUCCCUUUUGCUUUUUUCUGCUGUGGAAAUGAGUUUGAAAGCAAUUUGGACAUUGUCACCCCCAGGAGAGAGUUGAUAUUGAUUUGCCAUGAACUACCACCGGGAUCUAAAGGAAAAGGGGCAAUUUAUCUACAAAUGAGAAAACUCUCAGAAAAAUCACAUUUUUCUAAAUAGCUGACCUACUUACUGUCAUGCAAGCCUCUUGUGUCUCUCCCUCCAACCCCCUUCUCGUUCUCAGGGCUCUGUUUUAGGCUCCUGCCCAAAUGUCUGCUUGCUCCAAAUGUUUGCAUAUCUAAAAGUAUGUUUUACCCUGCCAGCUGCUCUGUAUUUAUCUAAGACAGUUUGAAGUGGACAUCUGCCAUUCGUUUUUUCUUUAAUGAUUGGAUGUGUGCGUGAGCUGUCAGGCUGCUCAUUGACCUUUAAUGUGCCAUCAACACUCUUAUGAAAGAGAGAAGGAGAGCGAGCGAGCGAGAAGGGAAGAUAAAGUGUUCCAAUGUACUCACCCUAACCCACCCCGUCUCCUCUGUUUCAUCCAGAACGACACGUGGGGACAGCAGUACUCCUACGCACUUUUCAAAGCUAUGAGCCACAUGCUGUGUAUUGGGUAUGGCAUGUACCCCCCGGUGGGCAUGACAGACGUGUGGCUGACCAUCCUCAGCAUGAUCGUGGGUGCUACCUGCUACGCCAUGUUUGUUGGCCACGCCACCGCGUUAAUCCAGUCCCUGGACUCUUCUCGUCGGCAGUACCAGGAGAAGGUGAGUGGAGAUGACGUGCUGCUGACAGCUGUGCUCACUUGGUUCGUUUUGGAGAGAGAAAAUAGGUAGUGAGGUAGGAUGCUGGCUCGUCCUCAACUGAAAGUGGCCACAGUCAAACCUGAGAAUGAAUUUCUGUGAUGUUUCUGGAGCCACGUAAAAUAAAGCGACAUCCAUGUAUUGCAGCCCCUUGAAAAGUCCUUCAAAGAGAUGACAACAAGCUUCAUCAUUCCCCAGUUUGCAAACCCUGACAUUCUGGGUCCCUCCUUAAGCAAAAGUUAAACAACUGCACUCCCCACCCACCUUCCGAGACCCCUUGUCUACUCAGAUUUUAUUUUAAGAAGGAGAUCAGGCUGCAUGAAAAAGUUCAUGUCAAAAGAUUUGUCAUUUUUUUCAUAACAUUGACCUAUUAGAAAGAAUAAGGAUCUCGCAAGGAGCUUAGCUCUACAGAAACCGCUGUAUAAACCAGUGCACUGCUUGUCAAAAUUUUUAUGUCAUUCAAGGUGAAGAUAAGAGAACAAAUGCUUCAACUCAGUAAAAAACAAUAUCCAGCUCAUACAGGCAUUUUUUUUUGCUGUUUAUCUGCCCAUGAAAACUUGAAACCUCCAAAAUGUAUAACUUCAGUGUGCUAAUAAAUGCACCAGUUUUAUAUUAGCCCUUAAUAUUGCGGCUUUCCUUUCCUUGAGGCAGAGAAUUGGUCUGGUAUAUUUGUGUGACAUGCUGCUGCUGUUUGAGAGAAGCACCUACAGUUUAUCAAAGUUUUCAGAGCUUUAAUAUAAAAGAUGGUGGCCAAUGAUUACACACGCACAUCAGAUAUAAUAUGUGUACACUUUGUGACGUUUAUCAUUGCAAAACAAAGAACAUAAAAGACGGUCAACGAAAAUUAUGCCUAUCUAGGCUCACCUCUCCACCCCAGUGCAGGUGAGACCGCCCAUUAUAUAACUUACCGGCUUUUAAACACAGUGCCCACGUGACCCAAACCCAACGAAACCAAUGGAAACCAGACCAAAGUAACUGAACACAGGAUAACCGAUAACUGUAAGCAACAUUAUGGCUCCAACACUUAUUCUCCAGCCCAGCAGAUGGAUGUCUGAAUGCUUUUAGUGGAGAAUUAUUUCAAGAUAGCAUUCAAAUGAAUAGAAUCACACACAUGAAGUAUUAUCAUUAUAAGUUAAUCCACCCUCAACUUGAGUCUACAUCUUCUCGGCUCCUGAAGGCCGACUUUUUUUUUUUUUGGCUGGAUGAGAUUUUGCCAUCAAACUAUCCCCAGAAGGGAGGAAUCCCAGCUUCUCCCUGUUCAGUGAAAGGAAAGCCCAGACAGCUGGCUAUGAAGGCCGAGCCGCGCUCCUCAGUGCCUUGCCCUCUUUGGGCCCAGCGUGGGCGAUAAUGAGCUGAGCUGCCAUGCUGCAACUUUGCCAACCAUUUCUGGUGAAAAGGAGAUUGGAGAGGAUGACCUCCUGAGAAUAGAUGCAGAGACUCGUGAGACCCCACCAGAAUGAGGCAGGAGGAGUGGGAGUGAAAAUGAGCCAAUGUGUGGAGAAAAGAUUAGUUGACGUAACGGGUAUGUUGUUACAUCUUGAAAGGAUGAAGAAGCGCAAUGGAUAAAUGAACACCUCACAAGUCUUGAGUGAGUAACAAAGAGACCAGUUUUCCAACAGAUUUUUACCAGUUAAAAGAAAAAAACUGAAAGUUAACUAUGCAACAUGAUUACUACUGUUGUUCUGAAGGAGAGGGUAGAAAACCAUCUCCCAACCCAGCAAGUUCCACCUAUCUGCUGCUCUGCUUUGGAAACGCCUGGCUGCCAAGUAGACUGAACAGCUGGUCUGUCUCAGCACUAGUCAGCAUGUGCUACCAGAGCCAUUUGCUGCUGUUCCUGGGAUCACCCCCUAAGGCUUCUUAAGAAUCCCCUUGCCAGCUAAAAAGACUCCCUGCACUCCUGCAGCUUCCCACGGUGCCUGCCUGCAGAAAGGUUAUUACUGCAGACCGCAAUUAAUUUUAAAGAGUGCAGAUUCUCUAAUUUAUCUUUCCACAUUCCUGGGUGAUAAGACACUCUGUGGGUGCACUGUUUCUUUAUGUUCAUUUGACUGUGGGAGCCAGAUAGACCUCAUUUCUACAACACUGUACAACACCUAUUCCUUCUUUCUGCUUAUCACAGUUAUUUCCUUGAAAAGCAUUAACCUUUUUUGUUAUUGGUCUGUGUUUCAGUUGUUUGACAAUGGAGUUUGUUUACACGAGAGUCAUUCUUCUUUUUUCUGUUGUGAAACAAAACCACAAUCCACACACUAUAAAAGCAGACAAUCUAUCAGUCAACUUAAAGGGAUAUUCCGGGGUAAAAUUAAUUUAGGGUCAAACACACCGUAACACCGCAUUGGACACCCCCUCGGGAGAUGAAUGUUGCUGACCGCUUGCUUCUCUAGUUAUACCAACUUUAGUAACGACCACAUGAUAGCAAUACACAGCGGUCUGAGGAGCAAUACACAAACCUCAACCAAAACGCCACUCUUUAGCCGCAAAUAAUGCUCAGAAGAGCACCUAACUUCAUCAACAGUACAUGUAGGACCCCAGCCAUAGCACUAGCCAUCAAACAUCUUUUUAACUUUGCUUUGUUUCUUCAGCAAAGAGACUAAACACAACUCACCUACUCUCUACCAGCAGCCGCUUGUUUGUAGCGAGAUCUCAGACCAGUCCAUCAUUGACUACAGCGGGGUGACACAGCACAAGGAAGAACAUUUAUGAGUAUUACUUUAUAAUUUCCUUGAAGCAGCAAUCACCAUAUUAAUCAUUUUGCUUUAGCAUUAGUUCUUCUGCCUUAGCGUCUCAGUCUGAUUGCAUUUCCACGAAGAAAUGAUCAUAAGUCGAUGAUGGACUGGUCUGAGAUCUCAGUGCUGGAAGAGAGUAGGUGAGUUGUGUGUAGUCUCUUUGCUAAAGAAAUCAGGCAAAGUAGAUGUUUGAUGACUAGUACUAUGGCUGGGACCCUAUAUGUGCUGUUGAUGAAGUUAGGUGCUGUUCUGAGCAUUAUUUGUGGCUAUAGAGUGGCUUUUUGGUUGAGGUUUGUGUGUGGCCCCUGAGACCGCUGUGUAUUGCUACCGUGCUGUUGUUACUAAAGUUGGUAUAACUAGAGAGGCAAGCGGUUGGCAACAUGAAUCUUUCAACAGGGUGUCUAACUCUAUGUUAUGGUGUGUUUGACCCUAAAUUAAUUUUAUGCUGGAAUAUCCCUUUAAGCAAACAGGUGAGCAUUUUUCAGAAGACCACCUGCCCGCCAUGACAAGGACAGCUGCCAACUCACAAUAAGUACAGCAGCCAGUGUACUAAUGCAUUGAGUCAUUAUACACACUUGACUGACUGAUUUUAUGCUGCAUCUAUGUUGGAAGUAAGGGGGCUUAAUGUGUCUUACAGGGUCAGAUCUUUAAAAGCAUGGCUAAGAGGUUGUCAGAAGGCGUUUGUAUUUUGCGGCUGAUUGGUGAUGAUCCUUUUAUAAACACUGCGCAAUUAGGGGGGCGGGGUGGAUGAAGGAUGGUUACAUAACAGGAAACAGGUGUAAGGGGCUGAUAUUCAGCAUUUGACCUAUUACUGAACAACUGAAUUAACACUGUAUUUUAUAGAUGAUUCAUAAAAUUAGUAAAUUAAGUGUACUGAUUCAUGAGUGAGCUCUGCUGUCAGUUUAUUUUUUCAUUUGUGUCUUACUUACUAUCCCGCCCACAACUCAAUAUGACUGACUUGAUGCCACGCAACUUUGCUUAAGACAUUGAAGCUAAGUUUCGUGUUGGAGUUUUUAAUAUUCCAAAUUCUGGAUUUGAACAUCAAGUUUUUGUUUUUAAUGCACAUAUCGGUAACACUUCGUUUGACGCCUAUCUCUAUAAUUUAUUAUAAACAUAUGUAUGAUGCAUUAUACUCAAGUUAUAGCACUGUAUAACUAUAGUUAUAAACACUCAUAAAUUAUCAUAAUUCUUUAUAGCAAUAAUCAAAACACAUUAUGAGGCAUUUUAUCAUGACUUAAAAGGUCAGGUAUUAUAAUGUGUUAUAACUGUUAACAACUCACUGACAAUGCCCACAUAGAUAAUGCAUUAUACAUAUAUUUAUGAUGUGUUGUGAUUUGCUUAUAAACUUGUAUAACUAUUAUUAUAAAUGCUUAUUAAUUAUCAUAAGGCUUUAUAACAAUAAGCAUAACACAUUAUAAUACCUGACCCUGUAAGUCAUGAUAAAAUGCUUUAUAAUGUGUUAUGAUUGUUGCUAUAAAGCAUUUUGAUAAUUUAUGAGUGUUUAUAACUAUAGUUAUACAGGGCUAUGCCGUUAUUAUCACACAUUAUACAUUUAUUUAUAAUGUGUUAUAGAGGUAGGCUUCAAAUAAAGUGUUACCCAAAUAUCGAUUAUCUUAAACUGCUUACUAUUGGUAUUGGUCUCAGUCCUAAAAAACCAAUACUCCUGUUCAGGUACAGAAUUUGUACUUGAUUGUGAUACAGUUAUGUUAUCUUCUAACUUAAGGACAGGUUUGCAAUGCACUGAGUUAGAAGAAUAAGUGAUACAUCAAGGCAGUGCGUAAAAUAACACAUUUCCUCUACUGCUGUAGAAUCUCAAAUGGAUAUAUGAUACGGUUGAUACUUGAAAUAAUAUGUGAUAGUGUUAAUCAGGGCUGUCAUGUCGGGGCACUUUUAGGAGUGCUAUUGAACUCACGAACGCAGCCUCAGAGUGGGUACUCAAAGUACAAGGACGCAGAGAAGCUAUAAUUCUCAUCUAAGUAGUGUGUAUUUGGAAUAAAUUAUAUCAGACAGGAUGACAUAAAUGGGUUGUUCUUGUUUUUAUUGUGUCAUGCAAAUUAAAAGGAAACAUAUAACUUUGUCUUUUAACUCAACAUGACUACCAGCAGCUUUUCAUCUCGGUCUCACUGUCUUUGUUUGUGUCAAAACAACAUCACAGCGUCGAGACUCUUUUAAUACUUCAUCUGGCGGGCUGACUCAACACAUGCAUAGCUGAUGUUGCACAUUACAGGCUGUGAAAUAUGGAGAAUUAGACAGUUUCACUCAUCAGGAAAUUCUGGUAAUGCUACCAGUCACUUUUUCUGUUGGCAAGCUGAAUGGAUUGCUGUAGUUAGGAGUUUUUUGGUUUUUUUUGGACACCAGAUACCCGUGGUUAUAAUCCAAAGACCUGUCCAGCAAAGCUAUGAGAUGUCACGGUUUGCCUACAACUCCAAUCUGCGUUGCAGACAGAGUUGUGACCCUCUCAACUGCAAUGUGGACACAAUGCUGCUGGAAAAAAUUAGUGUCAAGCUUUUAAAUAUCUUUAUUUUGACAGAGUCAGCUGCGUUUAGAAAUGAAAGCAAAAUGAACAUUAGCUUCAGCAUGGAGGCACAUAUUGGUUUGCUUGAACACAGACUGUAUUAAUUGUCUGUAAAUGAGCUAUAGAAAACAGAGCUUCAGACACGCGGCUGUAUGGCGAAGAUGAGAGGCCAUCUGUGCAGCUGGCAUACAAAGGUAAUGUCCAGGUAACAGUAGAAUACAGAUGACAAACAAACCAGCUAAACACCUCUGUGGGGAUAUGAUGAAGAAAACCAGUCUAUGAAGGAAUCUGCGGAGAAGAAGACAGUAAAUAGGAAACGAGAAGGGGAUAAGCUUUGGCUUCAAAGAUGAUGAAAAUUAUCAUCAGAAAGCCCCAGUAUAAUCUUUUCUGAAUAGAAUUCUAUUAUAAUGUGGCACCAUGUGAUAAAUGCCGGAGCUGUCAGAAACUAGCAAGUAGACUCAAAUGAGCUCUUAAAUAGUAAUCAGGCAGCCUGUUAGCUGUUACACAAAGUGGAGAGCCCAACAAUCACACUAAAUGCUCGGGGUUUGAGUGUGGCCCCCACUGAGAUGUAAUAGAGCUUUAUUAGAUUCAUUUUCCCUCUGCUAAAAAUACAUGCCUGAUGCCAGUCUUUCACUGUGUGUAAACACAGCAAGUCUUUGGAUGCAGAAUAGGGGGAAUUAUUGCAUUAUGGAUCUGUUUGCAACUCAAUUUGUUGUAGAUGGUACUGACUGCAUGGAUUAGAUUGGGUCCAUUUCAGAUCUGAAUGAAAAAGAGACGGGAAGGAUCCAGAGUCCUAAACAUUACCUUUCUACACUCUAACUUCUUGUGCCAGUACCUUUGAGGUCUAGUUCCUGAGUGCUUUAGUUGUUGUGGAGUUUUGAUUCAAUAAUUUAAAAGCAGCAGUGCAUCCUUUAAUGCUUUUACUUGUAUCUAAUGGAAGUUAAUUAUUGUACCCGAAGAAAAUGUGACUUUUAAUACAAAAAAAAGUGUUUUCGUUUGAUUGAUAUGUCUUUGCUGUUUUAACUUAGAGAAUUAAUUUCUCAUUUUAAAAAAGCGGACAAUGAAUGAUAAUGGUUAUUAAAACACAAGUAGGGUAAUGUUCUUCAUAAGUAUCCUGAUCUUUGAGGUAAAAGUCAAAUUUCUCAUUUUAGCUUCUUUUACUUUUUCUUUUCCUUUUGGAUGCUAUUGUGAGACAUUAAAGUCUGGAUCAAAGUGAUGGGCCGACAUAUAUUCUGUCCCCAGAGUAAUGCUGCCAGUUACCAUUGGCUUAAAACCUUGAUGCAGUUUACAAACAGUAUUUUUACUGUUUACAUAUCGCAGAAAAGCUUGUAGAAUAAUAUACAGUUGUUUUCAGUGUGGGCUGCAGUGGGUGAAGAAUCUGCUGAAGGAUUCUCCACGGGAAUCCUAACUCUGGUUUAAGGCAUGUUGUGACCAUUAUGACAUCGGAUCCUGCUGUCCUUCACAGCAGACACAGGCACUGUUAACAAACAGGUGAAAGCAGACGUAUAUGUCCUCAGUUGGCCUCAUUGUAUGAUCCAUACCCACAGACCGGUCCUCUACUGUGGAAAUGAAUGCAUAUGGACAAGGGGACAACUAAGAAAAUAGACAAUCUGAUCUCUUUGUGGGUAACUUGUGAUCCUCAUUGUCUUUCUUACUUCAUAAGAGCCCUCUGAUGAUCCCUUUGAGUAUUUCUUCUCUUAUUUAUUUAGCAGCAUUGAAAUGAUAAUAUUGAGCGUGGGAUAAUAAAUGAUGUUCUGUUUGUUGUUGGUAGCUAGUGAUGAGAUCAGAGAUGCUCUGGAGGGGCUUGUAUAUGAGCAGCUUGUUGUGGCAUGCCGGUCCCAGAUGACUAAAGACGGAAAUGGCACGAGGGUGCUGCAGCCCCUCCUCUUUAAAUCUCUAAUCAACACUUGGCAAUUAAACACUGCUCUUUAGGGAAUAGUUAAUAAGAGGCCCAAAGCUGAUUAUUUGAGGGUGAAGAGGCUCUAGAGAGCUUUUGUUCUCUUUAGUCCCUCAAGCAGGAACAUCCAAAAUACAAUAAAUAUAUAUCAGAGGCGGAGUAGUUUUUAUACUCACAGGUUGUGACUGUCUUCUGAGGAGGAAAGAAAACACACAUGCAUGUAGUUUUUGUGUCAAAAUAUCACCUGUAUUGAUUGAUUCUGAGGGCCUAGUAUUUAAAAAAUGUAGGUUUCAUCUGACAAUAGUUAUAAUUUUGUUGUGCCUAGUCGAUGUUAAGUCAUACAAUCAACCCAAGGACACAGCUGUCAACAAGUUGAGUCGCGUAAGUUUGAUUGUGCCUUACAGUUAGAGUCGUUCUCAUUAGCAGGGACCUGACGGAUGGCAUUAAUCUGAACCCUGUUACAUUCCCUUUUCCUCUCUGUCUGCCACACAACUUUCUCUGUUGAGUCAAGUACUGUUGACAUGUGCCAGAGGUGCCUCAUGAAGUAGCCGCUCUUUUUGCACCUUUAAUGCUUACUAAUUACACAUUACAUAAAGUACAUCAUUUAUAUGUUCUGUGGCAAAAAAAUUAUCUGAUAAUAACUUGGAAAUAGAUUGCACUCUGCAGCAUUUGAUGUUUUCAUUCCUGCAGAUGUACUGCUCUUGAUUUGAGGAACAGAAGUUCAGUGUUAGAUGCUCCUUACUGUCCCCGUUAGUCUGUCUGUCUGUCUUUAUCCAGCUCUAUUUCUAUACUUUUCUCUCCUUUCUCAGCAACAGAUCGCUGCCCGCUGAAUCUGGUGAUGCUGAAGGUUUCUACCUAUCAGAACUUGGGCGUCCUUUUCUUGUUUCUGUUGCCAAGUCCUCACUCAUUGGCUGAUUUUUGUUUGGUCUCUGCAGUAUGAUGGGGAUUAAACCUGCUCAAAAGAUCAUUUGUGUUUUGUGAUCAAUGAAAAUUGAGUGACUGAUGUAGAGACAGAGGUGCUUUAAGAUGAAUGUGAUGUGCAUGAUUACAUUCCUUACAUGCUGAUUUGAAACAGGUUUAAUUUUACCAUAUUUGUGUGUACUUGGUUUUGUUUAGCAGUUGCUUGCUUAGUUUGAUAAUAAUGUCUUUAUUUCAACUGAUAUUUUGUACCAAUACUGAAAAUUUCUCUUGAUUAAACACUAGAUGAAAAGUCAGUGCCAGCGCAGUUUCAAUACUUUAACAUGUAAAUAUAAUGAAUUACUCUGGAAAAUACCUUGGAAAUCCAUUGCGUAGUUUUUGAGACAUUAAAGUCUGGAUCAAAGUGAUGGGCCGACAUUAUUCUCCCCAGAGUAAUGCUGCCAGCAUGGCUUAAAACCUUGAUGCAGUUUCACACAACUAGAGCAUGUAAUUGGUGCUUCCACAAUUAGUAGGACUUAUCCGUGGCUACUGGAAUAAUUAGUUGAAUGAUAUGAGGUAGCAGUCAUUUUCUGAGACCACCUGUCUCACUGUAGCAUAAUUAUGAAGUAUAUGAAGAGCAGCCUGUCUGUGCUACUGCAGUCUGUGUUGUGACCAUUUGACAUCGGAUCCUGCUGUCCUUCACAGCAGACACAGGCACUGUUAACAAACAGGUGAAAGCAGACGUAUAUGUCCUCAGUUGGCCUCAUUGUAUGAUCCAUACCCACAGACCGAGCUUAUGGGGAAGUAGACAGAAAACAGUGGAGAAAAUAAAUGUUUAGAAAGUAUAAUUAAGUGGCUGACAUCUCUUUUAGGAGAUGAAUUAUUCAUUCAUUUUGUUUGGUAAAAAUUUGCAUCUGCUUGGAGAGCAGCAUGAGAGAGAAGGGAUUUGGGGAAAAAAUGAAAAACAGGAUAAAAGAGAGAGAAAGAAAGAAAAGGAAAAGUACGAGUGGGAAAUAGACCAAAGAAUGGCCGUGUGGAGAGAGAUCAAAACUGAGAAAGAGAAGGAAAGGAUUUGUGAAAUGAAGUAUCAUGCAGAUGCAGGUCUGUGUGACUCAGUGGGCAUACGAUGCCACCAUGUGACAUUGCUAAGGCUGAGAAAGUUAGCAGCCUCACACUGUGAAAAACAUCCAAACUGUAGGCAACACUGAGGAUCUGACAGUUUAUACUAGGGGUGGGAGAAAAUAUCGAUACAGCAUAGUAUCACAAUAUUUUGUCUGGUGAUAUAUUGUAUCAUCUCAUUUAUCAAGUAUUGAUUUUUCAAAUUGACUGCUUAUAUGAAGUCAAAUCUAUGAUAAUGGAAAAAUAAAAUCAACUGUUUGUCCAGUGAGGUUUGCAGAGGUGACAUCAUAGAGCAGGAGAAAGUCAGUACAACAAAUUUAUUUAAGGUUUGCAAGAUGUGCUACAGGAAAAUAAAAAUAAUGUGUAAAUAAGACAAACACAAAGGAAAGCCAUAUGCUAAAUUAGCUAAACUGUUAAAUUGUAUAAAUCGCAAUAUAUUGUAUCACAAUACUCACUGUAUUGCAAAAUGUUAAAAAUCGCAAUAAUAUCGUAUCGGGGCCCAAGUAUCGUGAUAAUAUCGUAUCGUGGGGCCAGGAUAUGUCUUUCAUAUGUCAUCUGUGAUAUGUUUUACCUUCAUAUCUCAGUCAGCCUGUUAGCUUAGUUUGACCCAGAAACAUGUCAUGAAAAACAGCAAGCCUGUCAAUCUCUUUUUGCACCUUUAAUGCUUACUAAUUACACAUUACAUAAAGUACAUCAUUUAUAUGUUCUGUGGCAAAAAAAUUAUCUGAUAAUAACUUGGAAAUACAAUAAUUUUUUUGUCAAUUAUAGUCACCAGAUUUCUACUGAUUGUCUUGCAAGUCGGCUCUCUAUCUGAGCUUUAAAGGGAUAUUCUGGCGUAAAAUUAAGUUAGAGUCAAACACACGGUAACACUGAAUUAGACACCCUGUCGGGAGAUGAAUGUUGCUGACCGCUUGCUUCUCUAGUUACACCAACUUUUGUUGGUAUAAAAGAAUCACGCGCUCAACCAAAAAGCCACUCUAUAGCCACAAAUAAUGCUCAGAACCGCACCUAACUUCAUCAACAGUACUUACAGGGUUCCAGCCACAGCAGUAGCCAUCAAACAUCUUUUUAGUUUUGCCUGAUUUCUUAAGCAAAGAGACUAAACACAAAUCACCCACUUCUUCCAGCAGCUGAUUGUUUGUAGCGAGACCUUGAACAAGUCCAUCGACUGCAGUGGGGUGACGCAGCUCAAGGAAGAACAUUUACUAUCAUUACUUUAUCAUUUCCUUCAAGUAAUAAUCAUCAUAUUAAUCAUUUUGCACUGUAAACACAGUAGUUCUUCUGCCUUAGCAUCUCAGUCUGAUUGCAUUUCCAUGAGGAAAUGGUUGAGCGCGUGGCUCUGUGAAUUGCUAUCGUGCAGUCGUAACUAAAGUUGGUAUUGCUAGAGAAGCAAGCAGUUGGCAACAAUUAUCUCUCGGCAGGGUGUCUAACUUAGUGUAAUGGUGUGUUUGACCCUAAAUUAAUUCAAGCCGGAAUAUCCCUUUCAGGGUCCUAACAAAUUACGCUACCUUGGGACCUGCUCAGUUGCUUUUUUUACCCUCUUUGCUAAACUGUGUUAACUAACCAGCUGCUUACCAUUACCAUACAAAUUAGCAGUCAAUUUGUUUAUUUGCAUAAUGUCAAACCACAGUACGAAAGGCUCUCCUCUAUGGUGUUAACAGACUACCCUCAAAUUUUCAGCAGCAGCUCUUUGCCACCUGGAUUUUAGAGUGUGGCGGUGUGAGGGGCUGAUAGUGGCAUAAGCACCUCUUUAAUGCUGACUAUGAUUUGAUUUUGCCAAGUGUUACGGGAGAGCAGGGUUCCUCCUGGUGCCAGAGUGCUGCAGCUGUGCAGCAAUAAGAUAAUUUCCUAUCACAGGGGGUGUUAUCAGCCCAUCACAGCGUCAGGAGAGCACCAUCCCCCUAUGGUUGCUGAGGCCCAGCAGUGAUGAGUUAAUAUCAAGUGCCUUUGAAUGAGACAGAGCUACUGAGCUACUAUGAGGUACAGUUGUACUUAUCACAACAUAAAAGCAAUGUGACAUUAUCUCUCUUUGUUCACUUGACUAAUACCCUUUCAUGCUGGAUGAAUCACGUUGCAACAUGCAGCAAAGCUGAGGAUAAAUGGCUCUAUUACAUGUUGGCACUUUUUUUUUUUUUUUUAAAUGAAUGAAAAAAAAACAUGAGAGACAUACUGAAAGAGGUGAUAAUCCACGUCUUUGAAACAGAGCGUGUGUCAUGGCAUGUCUAAUGCGCAAGACAUAAAGACAUUAGACAAGAUGCAGAAUGUGGGUUACACCUGUCAUCUUCACCGGGACAUCACACGCAGACGAUCCAUCUUUGUUGCAAUACUCUGCCGUCUGCAGCCAAUGGGACUAUGGCUCGAGACGUCUGUGAUUGUUUUUUCGAGCUUUGUUUCUCUUCUCUUCUUUUCUUUUGAAUAGAGGAGCAAAAGUUCCUCUCUGUGAAAGGAUUCUAUUUCAUCAUCAGAUCAGUAAAUGCUCAAUUUUAUGCCAAAGGGAUUGUAGGGAUAAAGACUCAAACCCUUACCCCAUGACAGAGCUCAUCCAUCUCCCGACAGACGCACAGAGACGGUAUAUCUGAAAGCUUCUUUCUGCAUCUUAUUCCUGUUUGUGCAAGCGUUUAAUUUUCCAGGUCAUUUUUAUGCCGCCUAGGCACAUAAAUCAUCAAAUAUUUCACUUAACAUUCCUGAGAGACGAACUGAUAUUUUCAGUACAUCAGCCCAGCUGUAUCUAAAUGUUAGCAUAAAGGUUACAGGCAUUUGUGUUUUCUCCAGUAUCUAUGUAGUACACACCUUUGUACUAGAGGAUGUGUUCUAUGUAUCCCAUGUAGUUUUUAAUGACUAUCUGUGUAGCAAAAAACGCAUGAAAAUCGUGAUUACAAGCUGUUUAUAGCAUACUUGUCACAGUCCCUGGAGCUGAUUCAUCAAUAUGCAUAGACUGCUUUCUUUGUUUGUGAAGGACUUGAAAGGCUCUGGUCAAACAUGGAAAAUCCUUUUAAUUUUGGCAAAGAAGGAGGCGAAAGCUUGACCAUUGUAGAGUGUGAUAGAGGGGGCUGCAUUAAGCAGGAUUAAAGCCCAACAGGGUGUCAGCGGGUCAGCGCAAGGCUAGAAGUUGUUACCUGCAGAGCCUCGCUGGCUCCUGAAAAGAUUCAUUCUCCUACAGACACAAUGUACUUUAGUCUGCCAUCAUGUUUUAUAGUACCAGACUCUUGUAGUACAUGUUUCUGUCGAUCUCGCACACAUUCGCUGAUUUUCCCAAAGCCUGACAGUUAUUCUGCUCCCACAGAAAAAAAGCAAAAAACAAUCUGACUUGCAUGAGACAGCUGUCCUUAUUUACUGUGCUACAUCUCAGAAAGACUGGCCUUUUGAAGAUCUCGUCCAAGAUUAGUGUUAACUAGAGUAUCAGAGCCAGAUAACAAAGAGAGGGACAUCUGAGGUCAGCUGUAUUGAGUCGUAUGGCUGUUCGCUGUGUUAAAUGGUGAUCAAAGGGCAGCUCAAGUGCGGCCCUAUGAAUGCUUAAUUGUUUUUUUCAUCUUUCUCUGAGGGUCAAAGAUUCUACCUAUAUUAUUCCCAAGGUGAUUCUUACCGAGCUUUAAUCUGCAUCUCUGCUUCUUCGACUGUUAAAUCAAUAAUUAAAAAAACACCUUCUGACAUACUUGUACAGACAACGUAAAGACAAGUGGAUUCAGACACGCAGUUUCAACAACAGAGCAUACACUGUUACUCUGUGUUAUAGUGUAUGUGAUGGUGAUGUAUUUGAUCUAUAAUAGUAUCAAUAUUUAACUCGCAAAAGUUAAAUAAAAAUAGGUACUAAAUGUAAGCUAUUUUUCAUUUCAUUGACUAGUUAAGGGGCUAGCUUAUGAUGGUGGUGGUAGCUACCUCAAAUGUGAUGCUGUUUCUUCUGACUCCCGCAAGAAGGUUUUCUGUAACCAUAGAAUAAUUUAUACAUCAAUUGUCAAAUAUUUCGAAGACGAUUCCAGAUGUUUAGUCAACUACAUUUCUGUUCAUGCUAUUGUAUUAGUGUUUUUACAAGCUUUUAUUCUACAGAAAAAUGCUACGUUCACAAUCGUUACUCAAAUAAUUGUGUUGAGAUGUCAUGUUUUUUAAUUGUAUUAUUUUGCAUGGAUGUCUGCUUAUGACAAAACAAAAUUUUACAUUUAUGUUUGGAUAUGAUACAGUUUGUUUAAAUUACCCUCAAUUUCCAGGUAAUUCCCAUAAAUUCCUAAUAAUUCCCAUAAUGCCCAUGGAAUUUGGAAAAUUUCCAAAUUUCCCCAGCUUAACUUCCCAUGGAAAGUUUCUGGAAAUUUACCAAAAAUUUUCUGCCCCUUCGCAACUCUAUUUAGGACUUAGGCAUAUAUGACAUACAUAGACCACACUCAACAGGACUCUAUUAAAAUCACAGGUUGAUGACUACACAAACAUUCAUUUUCAUUACAUCCAAUCUUGAUAUUGUUUAUAUUGAUUUAGCUUUUUUUGUUAUUAUUUCAUAAUUGCAUUUUUAGUUGUUCCUAUUUAUUCAGUAUGUCAAGCGUAAUUAACAUUUUCACGUUCACGUUCUCUCUACUUCUGUUCCUGCAGCUAUGGUUGUACUCCUUAGCUACAGAGUAUGUUGUUAUCACUUGCAUGCACACUCACACAAACACACAGAAAAACACAUUUUUACACCACUAUAACUACAUGCAUUCACACGCAGAUGCUCACCAUCGCUGUCUCUGGAGCCUUAUCCCACUGUAACUUCUUUUUUUAUGUGUGGUUGCUUUUUUUUACUGUAUUUUUAUCUCCUCUUUCACUGGUUUAAGAGCAUGCUUUGCAAUUUUAAUCACAUAACACUCCUCGUUGAACACUCUUACACCAUCAUACUUUCUCACACUUUCCUUCUUGUACUGUUACAAGCUACUCAAGGUACUAGCAAAGCCCGAAUGUCUCAAGGAUUUUAAGUGUUUGAUAGACUAUCAGGGGUGAAGACUCACCAACUUAUAUUCAUUACCCUUCUUAACAUUAAAUCCUGACGUGUAAUCAUCUGGGUAAAAAUGUAAAGUUGUGAUACACCUGCUAAAAAGUGAUUAUGUACUUCAGCUGCAAGACAUAUUUAAUCUUUAAUGACCCUGUGAUGAAACCUGUGCUGUUUGGUGCAAGCAUUUGUAGGCCUUGGUACAAGCAGCCACCAGUAUUAAACACGUUUUCAAGCUUUAACUCAGCAAAAUCUGUGGUCAUCACAUCAUCAAAUUAGGCAUGGUUUGUGUGUGUAUUCUUUUCACAGUUUUGUAGUCAUCUGUUAUGUCUUUACCGAAAACAAAUCUGCAGCUGUCAGUACCCACUCAGCUCUUCUUUUAACCUUUUAACGAUAGCUAUUGUUAAAUUAGCUGCUUGUUGACUAACAGUGUGUGGAUCUGUCUCAGCCAAAAUAAUGCUUAAGAGCAGCUUUCUGAGACAUAUUGAAUCAACAACGUGCAGAACUAGGAUACAGAAGAGUGAAACGGACCUGUCUUUGACAUAACAUGCUGGCGGGCUCGUCUGCCAGCAACAUCCAGAAAAGAUGACACUACCUUACUUUAAGUUGUGUCUUGAAAAACAUAACUUUAUCUAUCAUUUAUCAGCUUGCAUCAAACUGAGCCCUUCAGGUUCAAAUCACAUCAGUCUGUCUUCUUUACUCAGCCGUUCUCUCUCUGUGCCAUACAAAAAUAUGAAUAUAGUUUUAGCUCUUCUGACGACGCCUGCCAUAGCAGAUAUUGUAGUUUGACACAUAAAGACGCAACAUUAUACCUUCAUUGUUUGUUUUAUUUGAACAGUUUUUCAGUGAUCACCUGGAUCCAGUAGAUUAGCCAAAAUAAAGAAACUCCCUCUAACUGCAGUAAGGCUGGGAAACCGUGAUCAUACCUUGCCUCAUUUCUUCAGUAUGAUUAGGGGAACAGUACUGUACUCGAAAAUUCAUCCUCCAUAAAUUGCUGAGAUUUUUUCCUUGAUAAAUUUUCUGACUAAGGACUGGAAAGGUUGUCUUGUUUAGCUGAGAUUGUAUCUUUCUCCAUGUCUGUGUGUGUCUGACUUAAGUGCUAGCCAUUCCCUGAGGAUGUGUAUUUGUCCUGCAACACUAUAGCCUUUGAAUGACAUGACUGUUGUGUGUGUCUCUGUGUCCCUGCAGUACAAACAGGUGGAGCAGUACAUGUCCUUCCACAAGCUGCCAGCAGAUAUGAGGCAAAGAAUCCACGACUACUACGAGCACCGUUACCAGGGCAAGAUGUUUGACGAGGAAAGCAUCCUGGGAGAGCUGAACGAGCCGCUGCGAGAGGUGAUAGGAGCGUUCAGCUCUCUGUGUUUGAACCUUCUUGCACAUUCGCAAUCACCUGUCUGCUGUUUGACAUUUCCCUCAGUUCAGUUUCUUAAGGCCAAAUCCAAACAGGAGUAAAACUGAAAAAAAACAGGGAAAUGUCUGCACAGUUGGCCUUUUUCCCUGUUGGUAUGAUAAUAUUUAAAAAGGUACCUGCUCUCUCUAGCAGCUUUUGCUAACUGAUUUUUUUUUUAAUUUGCUCUCAAACAGGAAAUCAUCAACUUUAACUGUCGAAAGCUGGUGGCAUCCAUGCCUCUAUUUGCCAACGCAGACCCCAACUUUGUCACCUCCAUGCUCACCAAGCUAAAAUUCGAGGUGUUUCAGCCCGGGGAUUAUAUCAUCAGGGAGGGUACCAUCGGCAAAAAGAUGUACUUCAUACAGCACGGAGUUGUCAGCGUCCUAACCAAAGGCAGUAAAGAGACCAAGCUUUCAGAUGGCUCCUACUUUGGAGGUAAGACGAGCUAGUGCUGCAAGGUCACACACACACACACACACACUCGCACACAUGCACGCAUACAUACGCACACAUGUGCUCACAUCCUUCCGUGGAGCUAAAAUCUGCUCUGUUUUAAUAUUUAUAAUGUGUUCCUUCAGCACUUUAAGGAGCUGGCCAGGGUUUGAAUUUUGAUGUGUGAGGCAACAGCCCUUGGAUAAUGCUAUUCUGGCUCUGAUAUUAGCUCAUAUUCAUGCUCAUGUUGUGCACUUCUUGUCACCUCACUUAAAAUUCGGCUUCAUGGUUUAUGCAGGACUUUUCCCUUAAUUCACAUCAUGAGCUGUCUCUCAAAUGUAGGGCAAAACUCCAAAUUAAGGAAAAAGUACUCGCUGUAGAAAUUAAGAGAUAUGCAUUCAUGGGUCAGCAUGGUCAAAAAGCUGUGAAAUUACACGCUAUAGAAACACUCGUGACUUGUGCGAUAACCCGGAGUUGUUAUGUACUUAGCUCGUGUUAUGUUCUUAAUCAGGGUCAGAUAAUGCGCACCCCUCUCAUAGUCCCACAGAGCCUAUGACACAUGUAGGAGACAAUGCUGCCAUACUGCCCUCACCAAAUACCAAUUAAUUUGCCCAGUGACAGCGUAUCAUUUAGACUACACUGUUAAGUAAUGAGAGAUGGUGGCAAAGCAUUUAACAGCACAUGACCUGCCUGUGGAAGUUUAAUUACGCCAUGCCUGCUCAAGUCCGUCUCCAUGCCCUCUCUCCGGGGGUUCCAGAGAAAUAAUGAAAAGAUGGCAGGCAAUCUAUCUCUACACAUGCCAAGACUAAUCAACAUUUUAGACAACAUGGCCCUGGCUCUCUCCAGGGCCAUGUUGUCUAAAAUGUUAUCCAAAAUGUUCCCUCCUUCCAUCCCUUCGUCCCCAGCAAGAAAGAGUUUGGAUUCAAGUAGAAAACAGAUUCAGUGAGUUUGCAGGGGUUGGCACAGUUUUUCUAACCACUUAGACACUCUGCCUGAAGACCCUUUAUGGAGUGUGUACUCUUGAUAACAAUGUCAUAUUAACGCGUUAGAAGGUGGGCAUCUUAUUUUUGUUUCUUACGUAAAUAUAAGUAGUAGAAAAUACAGUGGUUGUGAAACAUAAACCGGGUCUGCCUGCUUUAAUCUUAAGCCGUCGAUCUGUAAUUAUUUUCUCCUUUUGAGCAUUAUAGACUCCAUUAUCAUGUGACUAUUCCUGGCAGUGCUCCUCCUAUGGGAGGGAAUAAGGGUGGGGGUGAGUGAGGUAAGCCUGGAGCCACCGGGAGUUUGUUACCAAACAUGAGUUAGUCAUUCAUGAAAUUAAUUGGUGCAGGAUCAGGGCAGCAAGUAUGUGGCACAUGCCUCAGUGUUGCUGCUGCUGCUGUCAGUAAGCAGGAAGUCAGGACGUUUUUUUUUUUUUUUUUCAAUAUAAUGUAGAUUAGAUUGGAUAGACUUUAUUGAUCCUUUUGAGAAGGUUCCCACAUGGAAAUUAAUAACAUGGCGAUCAGCUUCGGUGCAUUUUACUUGCAGAGCUGUAUUUUGUAGAGCACACUCAACGUCAGACCGACUUCACUUCCUAAUAGCACAUGUAUACGCCAAUCAACAUCUCUGCAAACUCAUGUAACAUAACCACUCAUUCACAGACAAUUUCAAUUAUUUAUACAAUUAUAUACUCAGCAGUCUGCUCCAGUUUGUUAGCUGCUGGAUUAGCUUCAGCUGGAGAGCCUAACGUCUAAAGUGGACACGACGUGUCCUGGACGGGAAUGUCGGCCGGGCAUACAGCAAUCCAGCGGAGAGGGGAAAUGUAAUGUGACUGCAGUACUAACGCCAAGGGACACAUGGAUCACUGCCAAGCCUGCUCUCUGGAUGCUGCUCUGGGCUCAGCAAGAAAACAUGCACCCUCUAAACCCCCCACCCCUCUCCCUCCACUUGCCUCUUUCUCUCCUUAUAGUUCAGUAUUGAGACACUUAUCUGAACAGCAUCUCUGCUGCCCUCUCAGAGCCCAGACAGAGCAGGUUAUUGUGUUGUUAGAGUCCAUCCUUUGUAGCCUGCAGUAAAUGAUGUGUUGCCAGCGCAGACUGCGGCUCUCUCCCGGUUGAAGUGGAGCUCGGUGACCUUGUGGUGGCCCUGCAUGCCAGUCAGAGGUGCUUAUCAAGAGCUGCCUUUGAUUGCACCUCUAAGAUGGCUUACUUUGCCUCUGAGUGAGUGGCUUGUUGCAGCUUUGUAAGUGGGAGUGAAGAAAAAAAAGUGAGACAGGGCGAGAGAGUAGGAGAAGAAGGAGGAGAGUAAGUUGAAUGUACAGUUUGCAAUCUCCUGUGUCAUCUUUUCGCUGUUACCUAGACUCUGACUGAUUUUCUGUGAAUGGUGCUUUCUUAAGCCGUAGUCCUGUGAAGUCUUGGGUCAUGGAACUAAAACCCCUUCUUAUCACUCUUUUUGCCUCUUUCCAUUCCUCUCUGAGCUCAGACCGACUGUGCUAUGGAGCUGCCAAAUGGCCACCCUGACUGAGUGAGUCAGUGAGAGGGGCUGGCAGCUGCAAAGGCCCAGGUAAUCCUCCCGGUCCUUAACCCAGUUAACACCCUGCACCUCUUACUCCGGAGCAGCAUCAACUGAAGAUAGAGGCACUGCCGCAGUCUGCCGAGUGACAGAAUGUGGUGUGAUAUGAUGAUUUAUAGAGUAGUCUUAUAUAAUAUGACAGGAUAGAUAUAGUAGGGUGAUAUACAAUGCAAGGCUGUGCUUUGAUACUGUGUCAAUGUUAUACAACACAACAUGUUGUGAGACAUUGUCAUCCAAACACUGAAGAUGUAAUGCUGAAGAUGGACUGGAUAGUGAAUAUGUUGUGAUACUGAGGAAAGUUUAACAUAAUACCUACAUUCAUGUGUAUAGUAAUACUCACAAAAGAGGAUUAGGGCCACAAGAAGAGAAAAAAAUAAUUACAGGAGGAAGAUUUUUUUUUAUUUCCGUUUCGAGAUUAAAGUCGAAAUUUUAAUAAGUCUCAAUGAAAUGCCAUAUGGUUUAAAUUUGUCGUAGCCAUCCAUGUGCCAGAGCACAUCGGGUCCUCGGCUUCAGUAAUGCCUGCGCCUCAGAUGCCGGGCUCGUCUGUGCUCCACGCUUUCAGGAUCAAUCAACUUGAUCAGUUGUCUUAUUGUAUCUUGCGAUACAACAUAGCUUCGCUGUAUAGCACGCAGGUGUAACCAUGGAUAACCCUGCAUCUGCAUCAAAAUCAUCAUCUUCGGCACAGUAUUUCAGAGUCCGAAUACUUAUGACCACACCGUGUUUGUGUGCUAAAAGAGCAAGGAUUUCCUUGUUACUAAAUCCAAUUCUUAAGUACAGCUUUACAAACUAUUCUACAGAAGACAUGUUGUUGAGUGACAAGUGACAAUGCUGUUGAUUCAUUAUCAUUAAUCUCAACAUUACGACUUUAUUCAUAAAAUUUUGUCUUUAUUUGCGUCAGCUUUAAUCUCAUAAUUUCGUCUUUAAUCUCAAAAUUUCAAUUUAAUUUACAAAAGUUCAACUUGAUUUAAGUCAUCUUUAAUCUCGAAAUAUCAAUUUUUAGUCUCAAAAUUUCCACUUUAAUCUCAAAAUUUCAACUUUUAUCUCGAUCCCUUAAUUUUUUUAAUUUUCUCUUUAUGUGGCCCUAAUCCUCUUUUGUAGAUACUGGAUAGACCAGUGAUCUUAACGAAUAUUUAUAAUCAUUGGUCAUAUCAUGGGGAUAGCAGCAUUUUUACAGUAGUAUCUACUCGAGCAGCUUCCAGCCUGAAAUAAUCUUUAUUAUCUUUAACUUUGUUUUGUACAAAGACAGAGGAUAUGUGAUACUAAUGCAUCCGUACACGUACACAAAUAUAUUCUGUUAUUUGAAUUUAGUUUAAUGUGUCUUGUGUUGUUCACCAAACAUAGCCAGCCUCUGUUCAGGGGGUAAAGAAGAAACAAUGAGAAGUGACGGGGCCUCGGCAUCAGCAGCGUUGCUGAAAAAACACCAGGUCUCCCCUACCUGUCCGUGCAUCCUAGCCAAAUGGAAGGUGUUUGCACAGCUAUGCUAAUGCUGUGAGGGAUCGAGCAUGGCAUGUCACUGGAAAUCAGGCAGCCCACUGUGGAUGUUUCAAAGGUUAGAGAGUGUCCGCUCUGUAGGCUGGGGGGCAGCAUGGUGGGAGGGAGAUGGGAGGUGACAGCAGGACUCAGAGUCCAGGUGAGCUUUUCCAGACCAGGCUACAGGACUUGGAUUGUUAAGCACAGAACAAGCAGCCCUGCUCAUACUUAUUAAUUCACAUCCAUGCACCAUUUGAAGCAGAGAGGAGGGCAGGUACGCCACCUAUGCACACAGUGAAUCACAGAUAUGCAGAUACAUUCACUCUGAGACUUAAACUUAUCUGAAAGCACAUUCAAAGGCCAAAAUUUGCAUUCACUUAGAUUCAUGAACAGUUGCCUGAAGGUACAGCAUUUUGCAGAUGCCUGCAUACAGUACAUGGAUUUUGUACUGUAUUGUAUUUUUUAUGCAUUAAAGGUAAUACACUGUCUAACUUAUUCAUAUGAUAAAGCAACACUUUAUGCAAUCUUUAUAACUCAGUUGAAUCACUUAUAUUUCAAUGCACAUUUUUUAGAGGUGAAUUCCUAUGAAAUAAAAAUUUAAUAGAUUUGUAUUCCAGAGCUGCGGCCUCUCUUGCACCAGUCUUGCGCCGUGAUCAGCUUAUUAAGAUACUUUUUUAUUUAAUUUAUUUUCAGGAGAAUUGUGCUCUUAGCAAAGACGUAGCUUAAAGGAAGUAAUUGGAAACUUUGAGGCCUGUAUAUAACUGUGUGGCUCUGGUGUCAUGACCCCGUGAGUGUUCAAAUGACACGUGAAAACAGUAAUGCACACAAGAUGUCUCUCAGCCGGUUUUCUGCCCUUUCUUGUGUCCACACGUACUCAGCAGCACUAGCAUCAUCUCGGCCGGCAUGCAAGCUGUGCAGCGCUCAGCGAGCUGGGACUCUUGGGAAGCAUCUCCUCAGUAAGAGCUUAGGACACGUGGGCUGCACCAUCCAACAAAAGACCAACCAUGUGUGUUCUUACCAAGGUCACAGCACAUGACGUCUUGCUCCUCCAUUCCCUGAGCUCCAUCCAAUUUUAAUUGGUGUCAUUCAAUUUUGAUGAAUGCUUUGUCACUUAAGUGCGAAAAUGAAACACAUCAUUGCACUGGUGAAGUAACAUCUUCUAGUGCACAGAGCUUUUCAGAAACUGAGGCAUUUUUGUAUCUGUAGCAGAGUUUUUAGACCUAUUACUGCUGGGCCACAUGAACUUUGAGCUCAGGUGGAUUUUUCACGUGGUCCUUCACAGUUUAUCAUCAUCUUUUUUGUUUUCCUUUUUCCUUUUCUACUCAUUUUCCCUCUGCGGUGCAUUUUUUAGGAUAAAAUACUGCUGUGACACAUUUAAUUCACAGCCAGCUAUCCAGGCCCAUCACCAGUCAUCCUGUGUUAUGACGGAUUAAUUACAAGCUUUUCUAAUUUUAGCUAACAGAGCCCACUAUUUGGGGUUAUUUUUAAUCAUCUUAUUCUUGCUUACGACCACACAGAGGUGGGUUAUUGUUGAGCAGGAGUCAGUUUAAGGAGAAAUCACACACCCCUUACACAAAACAGGCAACGCUAUCGACACCAACUAAGCCUGUUCUAGGAUUUGAUGCAGGAUUUGGGGAGCAUUGCAAUGAGUCACAGGGGAUGUGAGUAAGCAGUAGGAGCAGAGCAUUCAUAAAUACACGGAGUGCAACUCACGAACCAUCCGCAAAAGCUGUCAAAAGUGGAACUGUGCAGAACUUUACUUAGAGCACCCAUCUAUGAGCAAACACUGGGACGCUUUUAUUUCAAAUGUCACAUUUGUCACUUUGAAUGUAAGCUAUUCGUCACCAGGCAUUGGCUUCUGAACUUUCAGAAAAUCACAGGCCCUGGAUUUCCAACACUUUUUGUUAAGUAUAGGUUUGUGCCUGGCUGCAAAUGGGAAAGAAGAAUUCUGUACUUUUCACACAAUUGCCUUUUUCUAAGAGGAAAGGCGUCACAUUUACUGCUAAAGAAUUAGUCCCUGAACUCGUGCUGCCAUUAAAGGCCACAUAUAAUAAAAGUGUUUAUCCUUGCCUGUAAACAUACCCUUUAUUCACCCUCUUGUCUAGCAUCCUUGAAUAUCUGGAAGUGAAAAGCAUUGUUUUCUGUAGCCAGACGAUGAGGAAAGCACAAGAGGAUAUGAUUUCGCUCCUCUGGUGAUGCAACAACAGGAGUGAUUUACAUAUGGUGCAUGCAGAACCACUCCCACUUCUUCAACAUACCAUAUCCUCCUACUCAGUUCUGGUUUUGAUUCGCUGUUGUAGAGUCAAAAAGUUCAAGGUUAUAUAACUAUCAUAAAAACUGUGAGACAAAAAAAAUGAUUUAAAACAUUAACUGUAAUAAGACUUAAUAGCCACUGACUACAAAAAAAAUCUUUAAUGGAAACUGAGUUGCACUUACUGAAUCUUGAAUAAAGCACACAAGACCAAAAGAUGAAAAGAGAGUAAGCAAAAAAGCAAUGAGCAAAAACUGGUCUGAGGUUUAUGAUGAUUAAUGUAAAUUCAGGAAAACAACACCCUGAGCAAAAUUAAGAUAACUUGGUGAUAAUUGAGUAAAGAAGAUGAUGAAGACAGUUGUGAGCCCCCCUCUGAACAACCUCUGAGGUUUUUAGUUUAGCUUUUUUUCAUAUUUUUAAAAAGAAGUUAAUCGUGAGUAAAACCUAAUUCAUUUCAUGUAUUUUAAAUCUGUUUCUAUCAGAAAGCUCCUUUUAGGAGUUUAAAACUUUUAACUUUCUUUGGUGUUUUUUAUACUUUUACCUGCUGCUGAUGAAUAGGUUUAAGAAAAAUUGAAACUGCUUAAUCAGUCUUUGUUUACAUUUUCCUCAGCCAAGAUUGUCAUUGAGCGAUAAAUUAGACUUUUAGACUGAGGUUGUUUUUUUUUUGUUUGUUUUUUUUAGGAAAAAUAGUAUCCAAGUACAGCUAAGAGAAAAGAGUUACCGUGUUGUCUAUGAAGGUACAAAAACUGAGAGAAGUUAAAAGGUCCUUAGAGGAUCCUCAAGCUAUUCAGAUGUCUACUAAUCUCUCAUUGUGUAGCUUGGAGAGGGUUACACUGGACCCAAACCCUGCCAUGGAUUUUUCUCCCCCGUCCUUGUAGUUCAGAUGGCACCGUUAAGUGUCUCAGCUUUGCUCACUUUCUACCAACAGUUAGAUGAGGCCAGAGGGCUCACUGCAGCUCACAGCCUCAUCUUGGCAGUAUUGGCUUCAUCCAGAAAGCCAUGGGACAAGAGGAUUUAAUGCAGAGCCGGUAUGCUCCUCUCCAGAGGGGAUUACUGGAGCAGUGCUGCGGGAAAUGGACCCCCAGCACAGCUACAGCCAGGGCUGCCCUGCUAGCACACACUUACUGUACACACACACUGUAUCACAUGUGCAAACAUACAGUGAACACACACACAGGCAUGUUUUUUAUACCCACAUUCACAAGCCUCUCUUGCUAACUGGGCCAUUGCCCAUUCAGCCAUGCUUUCCAUAACGCACAUAAACAGUCACACACCGAGGUUGUUCUUAUGCUUCAGAUAAAGUACAUUUUCCUCAUCCCCUGUCCUGUUGAAUCAGGCAUCCUCUCUGUCUCUUUUCACCUAGAUGGUUUUCAGGCCAUCUAAUAGAAUCAAAACAAUUUUACACUCAUUGAUCAGGAAAUAUUACAUAUUGUACAGUCUAAUGGGAUCCAACAACAUUUAAGUGCAGUGGUGAAGGUUUCAUACAUGGAAUAUAUAAUGCAGCAUUUUCGUCAGCUUUUUUAUCAGUGUUUUUAUAGUCAUCAUAUUGAGAUUCAUGUUUCCAUCAUUUUCCAGAUAAGUAAGUGAAGAAAAGUGACAUUUACAGCCCCCUAAACCAAUCAUGCCCCAUUUUAGCGGAAAACCACAACCUUUUCACACGGUUUAUGGCUCAUGUGUAGGAGUAAGGGAGGAAUUUUCCCCCCUUGCUGUGGAGCAUGUUUUUGGUACCUGGCCAGUGGGAGGAGAAGACCAGUAGGGGGAGUGUCAUUUGCAAUCAGGCACCGCUCUGAGCACUGAGAGCAUAUUUGGCAAUCCACAUGCUCAGAGUCUGUGACCCAUGCACUGCAAUCCACACGAUAACCCCUCAAAGAUCUCUCUGGGAUUUCCUUCAUCAUUCCUUUCUCUCUGUUUUUUAUCAUCCAAAAUCUUCAGCAUAUAUACGUACUUCUGUCUGAUUUUUUUGGUUGUUUUUUUUUUGUACAAAAAAUGAUGUAUUUGAAAUAUUUCAGUGAUGCCAAGGAGGCAGAGCGAAGAUUAUCGUACGCCCACCAGCAUCUGUCUCCCACAACAGCUAGCAUGCUGUGGCUAAUUAACUGAAAGGCUUUCCCUCUCAGGUAAUUAACUCCUUAUGAAGCUGCCUGAUAUUGCUUUCCUUUACGGAAAGUUUUCCAUCCACAGCUACUAAUGAAAGUGUCCUGCAUUGUCCAAAUGCAAUUGGCCACUUUAAUUAAAUUAUGGGCAAACAACACCAGAAUGCUGCAAAGUAAUUAACACAACUUGAAGCUACACACUGGAUCACACUUUUCCAGUCAGUGUACAUCUUGGUGUUUCAAGCAGGUAAUGUAUUUGUUAGAAUAAAAAGAUCUUUGACAUCUUUUGGAUAGUAUGAAGGUGCACCACAGUUCUGCAUAAUGUGUGGGUUUUGUAUUUAAUCUCUGUUUUUACAUAAAGUAGUAGUGAGAUUGUCUAUACUUCUUUCUUGUUAUAACCCGCACAGGGUAAUUGACAGCAUCUUUAUUUUAUCAUGCACCAACAGGCAUUUCAUUUUCUGCACUACAUACCUACACACAAAACACGCGAAACAAACACUGCUUUGCGUGUGUUUGAUUAAAGCAGACAACCUCCCAUGCUGCACAGUGAGGGUCUUGUUGUGUCUAAGACUGUGGGUUGAAAACUUAAAGUCGAAAGUACUAACACUUUAUGAAUAAGGAUAAACAAAAAGUAAAGGACAAUGCAGAGAAAGACGAUUACGGCAGAAAGUCGGGCAAUGUCUUAGAUUUCAGGGGGAUGCAGUGGAUUAUUUAAAGGUUUCAUUUAAUAUAGGAUGGGGGGGUUAGGAAAGUGAAUUAGAUGGGAGAAUUGAGAGUAUCUGAAUGAGCUAGAAAUAGGUUUUUCAGACAGAGGCAGAGUGAUAGUGGAUGCUGGCUAGGAGGGCAGAAGACGAGAUGAGAGAGGAAAGACAUCAGGGAACGUAGACAAACACAUGGCACAAACAUACAAGAAGUCACCCAAAGUGUAUCUAUAUAUGCACAUAUAACCAGUACUGUUACUGAAAUGUAUAAAAGUAAAAUAGUACAUUCAAAAAAGAUUGUUUUAUGUGUAUAAACUGAAUAUUUUGCCUAUACUCUGCUUUACUCUCUCCUGCUGCUACACAUCAUGAAUAAAACAUGUGCACACGAGCGGUGCAUUUACUUACGGUUGUUUACAUUGUGCAAACAUCGAGGUGCUCACCUAAACACCCCUCUCUAGUAUUGUGCAUGAAUAUACACGCAGCAAUUGAGACUUAUGUGCACCCACACACACUGUCACUGUGUUAGAGCUCUACAGCAGUGAGGCUGAUGGAGCGUUACUUUCCUUAGCCAGCAUGGCAGACGUGGGCUGGCAGGCCCACUCUGAUAAUGGAGUAUUGGGCCUCGAUGGGUUACACAAAAGUAACAGUCUUAGAGCUGAAAUGAACUACAGUUUACAUUUCACAAGGUGUAUUCUGCUGUUGUAAACUGACACAUAGUGUUGGCGAGUCCAAAUAAAAAAUCUGAAGGUAAACAAGGAAACCAACACAAGCAAGAAGACAGCAAUGAUGUGUUAAAUAAAAAGAGGAAAUAAGGAAAAGAAGUGACAAAACCAGGUGAGGUAAGUGCACAAGCAGCAUACAGCAGCACACCUCCACAUUGAAGAGUCAGAGUUCAAAAUUAUACCUUUUACAAUAAAUUAUCAUGAAAGUGACACUGAAAAACUAGUAUACCUUUGUGAAAAUGUAUGUUGAAUCAAGUUCAAAAGCUGAGGAGUGUAUAGGUUAAACUUGAUCAUAUGGUCUCCUUUUUCUUUGUUUUGCAGAGAUUUGUUUGCUGACACGAGGCAGAAGGACAGCCAGUGUUCGAGCAGACACAUACUGCCGUCUGUACUCACUAUCAGUGGACAACUUCAAUGAGGUGCUGGAAGAGUAUCCUAUGAUGAGACGAGCCUUUGAGACUGUUGCGUUGGACAGAUUGGAUCGUAUUGGUAAGAAAAUUAAUGUUUUAGACCUAAAGACCUCACAGUAUGUGAAAUAAAUAAUAUUCAACAAAGCCUGUGAUUAAUGUUUUUGAUCCUGAUCCAGAGUAGACAGCAUUGCCGGUUAAGAAGAGGACCAAUGAUUUUGUUAUCUCCUUUCUACCUUUAUGGCACUUAGACCCUGAUGAACAUAUAUAUUUAUAUAAAUAUAUAUUACAAACCAGCCUCAAAAGUUUCAAACAAAGCUGUAGGGCUGUAAAAAUGUUCCCACAGAUUCUCAAUGAAUGAAAUGACUUCCAGUUAUCUGCAUAUAAACAUGUAGAUAAAGCCUGGGUUUGAAAUCCCUGCGUGACUUCUCUUACCCAUACAAUUGAUAUUCUCUCUAUAUCCAUCACUGUUCCCAGGCUCAGCCUGAGCAGAUGAAAAAUUCACAAUGAAAGGCACGCCUGUAUCAUCACUCAGCCAUCGCUGCAUGCUCUGUUUUAUCCUCAGCUAUGUUUAGAAUGGAAGAUAGAGGAAUUGCUGUAGGGGUCUCUUUGUAGAAAAUGGGUGCUUUGAAAAGAUGUGGUGGGCUGAUAGUGAUGUCUCUGUGAGACAGUCUCCUGCGGAUGUCCUUUCUCCUGAGCCUGAAGUGUGUGUACACCCUCCCUUCCUAAUAAAGUCACUCACACACCAAUGAUCCACCAAUGAAUUACUGUCUUGACUGACUUAGCUCAAUCUGAUCGGAGGAGUGCAGGUGAUAAAGGGUCAGGUGGCGCCCAGGUCAAGUUGAAUGUAGAUACAAUACCUCACUGCAACACCUCUACUAAUCUACCCACAGUCAGGGCAGAAAAUGGAGAGAUUGAUCUGGACCUAAUUACAUUUACAAUAUCUUUGGAUUUCACAGCCUUUUGUCUGCACCAAAGUGAAAAUGGCAGUCAUGUGAAUUAACCCUGUCACUACUAGUGCAGCCAUUCAACAAUGACUAAUGGACUCCUGGUCAGAGCAGCACACAUUUCUCUUAGAGGUUGUGUCAGUACGCCUGUCAUAGUGACGCAACUCACACUUGUCUCUUUGACCUUGUGCAAAGCUCACAGGGACUUCUUUGAACAUGUGUUUCUAGGGCGUGAAGUGCAGACCGGGGUGGGCAGAAUAAGUGUUAUCUUCACCCUUAACCUUAUUUUGAUCAUAUAUAUUUCAUCAUUUAAAUGUGCUCAUACUAGCAUUUUUUCUAAAUCAAUGUAACGUAGUUCUGUUUGUGAUUUAUAUGCCGCUUCCUCUGGGGGAAGAAGCUGUCUAUGCUGACCAAAAUGAACUUUAACUUCCAGUGCUAGGACAAAGCCUGUUUUUCUUUUGCAAGAUUUCUAUUUAGAGCAUUUAGGAACAUUAAGAUUUCCAAUUCAUUCAUGGUUUUUGAGUUGCUUCUUUUCCAUUUUAAAACCCAGACACAUAAAAUUAUUACUUACUCUAUACUAGGUUCACUUUUUCUGGGCUAAUCCUGCACUGCGUAGUACAGUGAUGGCAUUGUUCUUAAUGUUUUGGAAAGAUUGUCUGAACCAGUAGAACAACCCUCGUGCUUUAGGCUGUCAAGGAUCCUGAGCUUCUGUGUUUGGAUGGUUAUCUCCUUCUCAUCUUUUGUUGUUGCUCUUUUUCCAUGCUCAUUUAAGCCUUCCCAUUUCAUUUUGUUUUUUUCCACACUUCCUAUGUCCUUUAAAGUUCACAGUUUGCUUUCUUCUCUUUGGUUUUACGAAUAAAGCAGGUUACUUCAAUACUAACAAAUAACCUCAGUCCAUCUGCGUAUUAGCACAUAUUAGAUCUGUCCUCAUGUUGUGCUUGUCUUUUAACAGGAAAGAAAAACUCCAUCCUGCAACACAAAGUGCAACAUGACCUCAGCUCUGGUGUGCUUAACUACCAAGAGAAUGAGAUCAUCCAGCAGAUUGUGCAACAUGACAGGGACAUGGCCCACUGCGCCCAUCUCUUGCAGAACGCCCCACCUCAAACGCCUCCCUCACCCACCCCAGUCAUCUGGGCGCCCCUCAUCCAGGCCCCUCUACAGGCAGCAGCAGCCACAACCUCAGUCGCUAUUGCCCUGACACACCAUCCCCACCUUCCGCCAACUCUUUUCAGGCCUCCUGUUUCUGUCUUUGGUUCCUUAAAGGACCCCCCAAGUCGCCUCAAGAAGUUCCCCACAUUUGUUCCUCCAUCCCCGGCACCUGGCUCUGCUGGGGACUCUCCCUCCAGCACACCCUCAAAACUGCGCACUGGGGUGGAUAUGCCACUGCUGGCCUCUUUUCGGGCCCAGCAUAUGACGUCAGGUUCAGGUGCAACUGGCACCUGCCAGCAAGCUUCAAGUAGCGCAGCCAACCAAGGACCUAGUGGGACUGGCUCUGGGUCCUGUGGAGGAGGGGCCUCUGCCUUUCCCUUUGGACCAUUCUCUUCUUCCGGUUCACCCUCAUCUAGUAUGGCCCAGCUACACCCACAACCACAGAAUCAACAGCCCUUCCGCUCCAGCACUCCACCUCUUUCCAAUCUCUUUCACCAAGGUUCUACAAGUGGUAGCACAGGUUCAGGAAUAAGUAGCGGGGCAGCUGGAGCCUGCGGUGGCGCAACAGGAUGGUCAUCAUGUGGAGCUGUUGGAGGGUCUGUGGAAGGAGCCACUGGAGGAGAUACUUCUUGGGCUGGAGAGGACUUUACAACUGGAACAACAGAAGUGACUCCUGGUGGGAGCUUUGGGUUGGGAGCUAUUUGUGGCUCAAUAGGUGAGAUCUCAGGGGAAUCAGUGGGAGGGGUAUCUGAAGGAUCUGUGGUUGCCACUUGUGGUAAAGUAGUGGGUGGGCUAUCAGUAACUUCUGGCGGGAGUACCUUUGGGUCGAUCACAGAUGCAACCAGAAGAUCACUGACAGGGACUUCUAGAGGAUCACUAAAAAGAGCUUCUAGAGGAUCAGUGGGAGGACCUUCUGGAGAAUCACUGGUAGCAACAACAACCACAGGUGGGUCUUUGGGGAGGGCUUCUGGUGGAUCCUCAGGAGUGGUUUCUGGGAUAUUGACAGGUGGGGCCUCUGGAGGAUCACUUUUAGGAACUUCUGGUGAUUUGAUGCUAGGGAACCUUGGAGCUUCAUUAGGGAAAACUUCUGCUGGAUCAACAUCCAGUCAUAUAGGAGGAGGUUUAAGUGGGACAGGAGGAGGUAUUAUUGGUGGACAUGUAAGCAGAACAGUAGGGGGGGCAGUAGGGAGCCAUAUAGGAGGGUCUACAGCUUGUCCUGUAGGAGGGAUCUCUGGUGGAUUUACAUCUGGACUUAUCAACACCUCCCACUGUCAAAGUCCCAUAUCUACGGACUCAUCUAGUUGCACGCCUAGUCAGCUUCUCCAUAGCCAGCCACCUCCAAAGCCUCCUCAGGUGGCUCCUUUGCAGCAGUUUGCUGGAGGGGGCAGGACUGCGAGUAGCUUAAACCUCUUCCACACCCCUCCACAAGGCUCCCCAUCUUCAAGUAGAGGACAGCACAGCCAACUGCCAGCUGAAGGUUCUCCAUCUGCCAUGAGCCACUUUAGCCUGGCAGGCCUUCAGUCUGGCUUUCUUCCUCACCAGGUGUCAAUGGAAAGGUCUGCCUUGGCCUCCUUGGCCCAGUACGGUUCAGCAAAUGCCUCCCCUUGCCUUACCCCAGUUGCACCCAGCCCUACCAUUCAAAGCCCAGUGGCUAGCAGAACUUUCCACUACAGUGACCCCUCCAGUGCCACAGGAUCCCACAGUUCUCUGCUCAUGCCACAGUCUUCUCUCCCCUCACAGCCUCCUGGCCAGCCACAAACGACAGGAAGAGAUUCUCCUCUGGGCCGCUUUUCUGAGGACUUGAAGCUUUUGUCCAGUUCACACCCAUCUUUGCAUCAAGAGGUGGCCCAUGCAUUAGGCCACCAUACUCCUCCCUCGUCUGUGGAAACUGGAUAUUACCCCUCACCGUUUUCAUCACCAACCCUUGUGCCCAAACCCUGCAGCUCAGUGCCAGGGCGCAUGACUCCUCCAACCCAGAUGUCCCCAGGGCACCCUCACCAGGCACAGUCCCCUGGGACUACUUCCCCAGCCUCACAUCUACGGAGGGGCUCAGGUGCCUAUUCAUCAGAUCUAGAACCUCAAACUGUCCGCUCUAAACUUCCCUCUAAUUUGUGAGAAUUGAUCACACCCUCCUGCACUCCUCCAGAGUAAAGCACACACAAACUUUCUCCAAGUGUGGCUUUCUUUUCUUUUUGUCUGCAGACUUCACUGUGUUCCACCUGUCAUUUUACCAAGAUCUUACAUUUACUGUGAUUUAAAGACAAUUUACUGGGUAACUCAGAAGUACAGAAUACUUGGUAUUUAUCUUAUGUGUUGUCCUUUUUUAAGUCAUACAUACUGUGUAUAGAUAGAGAUAUAUUUAAAAGAUAAGUUAACCAAGGGACUAGGAGGGUGUGAAAAAUUAUCUCCAUUUAAGGGACAGUCAUUAUCUUUAUAUAACUAUGCCAAAAUCAUCCAGUGAUGAUUGGGAGGUCAUUCGAUGGACUACACAAUAAUACUCUUUUUUCAGCAGGAACCUAUGCACUAAUACCUGCAUGUAUAAAGGCUUUUUGUGUGUUUCAAAAAAGUAUCUACAUUUUUAGCAAAAACAACAUGCUUCAAGACAAGCUGACUCUUGUACCAUGUCAUACCGGAUCACAUAUUGUUGAUCCUUAAAUGUAUCUAUUAGAUUGUAAUUAUUUAUCAAAUGUAUAAAAUUUUCAAAACUUUAUGGGAGAUGGAGAAGAGAUUUUAGAUAACCAAAAAGAAUUUUCCUGUGGGGUAAUAAUUCACCUCCUCUUGGCCCUUCAAUCCUCAUUUUAUACCACUUUAAUGUAAGCUUGAAAAAAGGAGGUUCAGCAAGCGACCCUCCAUCUCAGUAUUGACACCUAACAGUUUGUGAGCAGCUGCCUUUCUGCAGAGUCCUCAACCAUAUCCUAACAAGCUCACUUUGUCUUCCAAGCCCAUGCCGCUAAUGUGUGUAGAAAAUGUGUUGUUUUUCUUCCUGAUUGUGUGCAACUGUUGAUGUCUGAGUGCUAGAGAGAAUAAAUGUCUACUUCAGCGUAACAGCCGGAUGCAAGGCAAGACUUUACCCAGGGCUGAUCAAGAAGCAGUUUCAGUGAAAAACUAGGACUUCCAUUUACCACAGCUUGUGUUGCAUUGUGAAGCACCCAUACCGUCAAGCACCCAACAUUGUCUAAUACAUAAUAGCCCUUAAAUCAGACCUUUCAGUCAUUGAUCGAAUACAAUGCAUUUAGCACACAAGCUGAGUUAUCCAACAAAUAAAAUACUUGGGAUUUGACUUUUGCAUUACUGAACUGUAGCUGUUCUAGAAUAAAUGUACACAUGUUUCUUUAUAAAAGGUGAGGGCUGAGUAAGAGAUGCUGAAUGUAUGUAUAAUUUUAUGAUACUUAAAGUAAGUACUGAAGGCAGGGAGACUGUUCCAUAGCUUAAAAAAAGGUCAUCGUAUCCAAGACUUUGCCAGAUACUUUCAUCAGCAGCCAUUUCUCCUGCAAAAGUGUCCUUUAGAAAGAUACAAAAAUGAGUAACGACAAAUUGUAUCAAGGCAAUCUGGAUAUGUGACUCAGUACUCCAAGUCAUUAAGCCUCAAGCAGCCCACUCUUUGUAGCAUAUCCUGCAAGAAAAUAUUACCAUGCUGUCACCCUGCUUAAACUUUGAGCAAAAAUUACAACCCUACUCCCAUACGAGUUGGAAUACAGAGUGAAAUGUCGACAAAGAUUUUGAUGGUUCAGGAAUAAUGUAAAGCCUGUGUUUAAUUAAAAAUAGAGCAAAGACAACAUAUCAAAUGUUAAGACUAAAAACAUGUGAUUGUGUUGUGGAAAAUAUAUUCUCAUUUUAAAUUUGAUAACACCAACAUGUUUCAAAACUGUUGGGAAAGGGGCAUGUCAUUGUGUUGUAUCAACAUUGUUAAGACUGGCGGACUGAGGAGACCUGCUACUGGGCUUUUGACAGAGAUAACUUGUCCCGUUUUUGUCUGAUAGAGGAUUUGAGCUGCCCAACAUUCAUGGGUCUCAUUUUUCAUGUUAUUUUGUCAUGAUGUGCCACAUGUUUUGAAUAGGUGUCUCUAAGUCAGGACUGCAGGCAGGCCUUUUGAGAACCUAUACUUUUCUACGAUAGAGUUAUCCUGUUGUCAUUUGUGUUAAAUGUAGUUUAUGAUCUUUUUUCUUAAUUACCCAAAGCCUCCCCUGAAAAAGGUCUUGUCUGGAUAGCAGCAUAUGUAAUUCCAAAACCUGUAUACAAACCUCAAUCCCAAUAAAGGUUGGACUUGUGUAAAAUGGGAAUAAAAAACAGUGAAUACCAUGAUUUGUAAACCCUUGUCAACCUAAAUUCAAUUGAAUACACUACAAAGACAAAAUAUUUAACGUUCAAACUGAUCAAAUAUUUCGGGCAUUUGAAAAAAAUAUUCCUUCAUUUUGAAUCUGAUGCUUGCAACAUGUUUUAAAAAAGGUGGGACAGGGCAAACGGGUAAAAUUGAGGAAUGCUCCAAAAAUACCUGUUUGGAUCAUUCCUUAGGUAAACAGGCUAAUUGGAAACAGGUGAGCGCCAUGAUUGGGUAUAAAAAGAAUAUAUCCGACAAGCUCAGUUGUUGACAUGCAAAGAGGGGGUGAGGUUCCCUACUUUGUGAACAACUGUGUGAGCAAAUAGUCCAACAGUUGGAGAACAAACUUUCUCAACGUACAUUUGCAAGGAACUGUGUCAUCAUCUUCAGUCCAUACUGUCAUCAAAAGAUUCAGAGAAUCAAGAGGAAUCUCUGCACGCAAGCAGCAAGGCCCAAAACCAAGAUUGAAUGCCUGUGGCCUUCAAUCCCUCAGGCAGCACUGUAUUAAAAACCCACAUCAUUCUAUGAUGGAAAUUACCAUGUGGGCUCAGAAGGACUUGGGAGGACCACUGUCAGGUAGCACAGUUCAUCGCCACAUCUCCAAGUCCAAACUCUACCACCCAAAGCCAUAUAUCGACAACAUCCAGAGACCCUGCUGGCUUCUCUGGGCAAGAGCUCAUCUGAGAUGGACUGACUCAAAAUGUAAAAGUCUCCUGUAGUCUGACGAGUCCACAUUUCAAAUUGUUUUGGAAAUCAUGAAUGCAGUGUCCUCAGAGCCACCCAGAUUGUUAUCAGGUCAAAGUUCAAAAUUCAACAUGUGUGACAGUAUGGGGGUGUGUUUGUGCCAAUGGCAUGGCUACCUGUCACAUCUGUGAAGGCUCCAUUAAUGCUGAAAGGUGCAGACAGGUUUUGGAGCAACAUAUGCUGCCACCUCUUUAUCAGGGACGUCCCUGCUUCUUUCGACAAGACAUUGUCAAGACACAUACUGCAGGUGUUUCAACAGCAUGGCUUCACGGUAAAUGAGUGCCAGUGCUAGAUUGGCCCUACGGCAGUCCAGACCUGUGUCCCAUUGAAAAUGUGUGGCGUAUUAUGAAGUGCAAAAUAUGACAAUGGAGACCCCGGACCGUUGAACAACAAGCAAGAACAAAAUUUCAACAAGUGUAAGUGUCCUCCUUUCACAAACGCUAACUGAGUGUUGUUGAAGGUGAUGUAACACAGAGGUAAACAUGCCCCUGUCCCAGCUUUUCUGGAAGGUGUUGCAGGCCUCGAAUUUAAAAUGAGUGAAUAUUUGCAGACAAAAAAACAUUUUGCCUUUUUCGUGUAUUCAAUUAGAAAUAAGCAGAAAAGGAUUUGCAAAUCAUUGUAUUCUGAUUUUAUUUACGAUUUACACAACAUUACAUCUUUAUUAGAACUGGGGUUUGUAUCACACUUUAUUUUUUCAUGCAUGGCUCUCUGAUAUCAGUCAUCAGUCUUGUCCUUUUUUGUACAGAGAUUUCUUUCUCUCUGAAUCUCUACUCUCUCAAUCAUUAUGCACUGUAGAUGAUGAAUUACUCAAACUCUUUGCAAGUUUACUCGCUGGAGCAUUACGCUGGAAUUGAUUGGCUCGAUCAGUCCCUCACAAAAUGGCAAUUCUCUUUCCAUCUUUACCAUCUGAAGGACACUGCCUCUCCAGGGUGCCCUUUUUAAUACCCAGUCAUGUUUCUAAUUGAUGCAAAUAAAUGUAAAUAACUGGGAAUUGUUAGCUCUGGUAUUUUUGUUUAUAGCAUAACACAAAUUUUUUUAGAGUUGUUUUUUUGUCUGUGCCCGACUGUUUUGACGUGUUGCCGAAAUCAAACUUAAAAAGAGCAUUCAUUUUCAUAAAUGCUAACAUUUGAUGUAUUGUCUUUGCACUAUAUGCUUUAAAUGAUUUGCAAACUACCAAAUUCUGUUUCUUAAACAUUUUUGAACAGCAUCCCAACUCUUAAUGAACUGCGGUUGUACAUUGCUUUUGUAUGACAAGGUGCACAAGAGCCUUUGACAACCAUAAAUCCUAUUAACAUCUUGAAAUAUACAGCACAUAACUAGAGCAUUAAAAUUAAAUUAAGCUGUCGAAAUCAACGACGAGAAUGGAUCCAUCACUGUUUGUUUAUUUGUUGGUUCUAAAGGUACAGUCAGAAAGUCUCAAACCAAAUACAUGGGAAAAGAGGGUAUCACUGAGCUCCCAUAGGAGGAGAGCAGUGAUAUGCCUCUGCAUGUUUGUCUGUAACUCAUCACCAGGAGAGACCUGGUUCCACCCAGACAGCUGGGUCCCUAACUCAGUCACAGCAGUCAUCCACAGCAGCCUAAUUUAACAAGACAUGUCUGUAAUCUCUUGACCCUCACAGGCUAUCAUGGACUUACACACAGAGGUGCACAGUGACCAUGCUCUCCCCUCAUUACAGCUCCCACAGGUCCCCAGAAUAAUGUAUAGCAAUACACAGGACAGGACACAUAGCUGCACGAAUGCACAUUUCCAGACAAGCACACAACCACGAGAGCACACAAUGUUACCGCUUCCAAAACCAGGAAAUAUAUCUAUUGGAAAUAAUUCUAUUUUUUAACAUUUUAUUGUGCAUGAAAUAUCUUACAGUAAAUUCAAGAAGAAAGUGAAUCUUUGGCUUAUUGAAUUUUCACUUUCUUGUUGAAUUCACAUCAGCCAAACCAGUUGUUUUUUCCAUACCAAACCACAUCGCUUCAGAAGAUAUUGAGGCAGUACUGUCUAAAGAAAGUGUCCAUUUUUUUAAUGCUGUGCUGUUGAUGAUUUGAUCCAAUUUCCUGUGACUUUUCUCAAUGAUGUUACUUGUAUUUUUGUUCGGGUAGCAGGUUGAAUAUAGACAUCAUAAUGUGACGUCAAGAUUAUUUAUGUCCAUAUAAAUACAAUCCUACCAUUGUACGUAAGCAACAUAGCAAAACAUUAGCCAAAUGCAAGAUAUCAAGGUAUGAUUUGUGUUGUCAUUAUGUAACCAUUUUUAUAUGUAGCUGGCAAGAACUGUGUGGUUACUUGCUUUUCAUCAUAAAACAAGUGCUGAAUUCAAACACAAAGGUAGAAUGAAAAUAAAUCACAGCUUUUAUCUUGGAUGAUCUUGUUAACAGAGUAAGCUCUAAUGAUGUCUAAACCAGUGUUUUUUUGUUUGUUUGUUUGUUUUUGAACACCUAGUCUAAAUCUGCUGUCAAAAGUUACAUGAAAGGCUCUGUAACAUUAACACUAGCUUUUGCUUUGUGGUGAGAUGAUUUGGACUCUUUUUUUUUUUUUUUCCACUGUGCACAGGGUCCAGGGGGGAGGUAGGGACAGAGACAGCAGAGAGUAAACACAUUGAGCUGUUUCACCUCUUGAAUACUGAUCAUCUGCAAACAGUGUAGGUGUUUAAACCUCGGUCUUCCUGCAAGCAUUGCACUGUUCAAAAGAAGACAAACUGCAAUAUCCCCCUCGUGGGGAAAAAGACCUUUUUUCCCCACAAUGUGACCUUUUGAAGGAUUGGAGUGUGGAGAAUAGUUUGAAGCUUGUCUGUGAGUAGAAGGUAUAGACAUGAGGAUACAUUGAGGCACUGAGGGACCGACAAUGUCUUCAGCCAAGAAUAAGGAGGAUAGAGAGGCACCUGAUGGGGUCACGUGAGUCAGGCACUGUUUCUUUUUGUUGUGUCUGUAUGCUAGUUGAUGUUUUUUAGUGUGCUAUUGAUCGGGAGGGAAAGCUCUGACUGUAGCUAAGUAGCCGCUGUAGCAGCCAGUGGGUGUGUGUAAGCUGCCAGGGUCAAUUGGUGGGGGCUGGACCCUGACGGAUUAGGGUGGGACAGGGAGGCACAGGUCAUAGCUGAGGGAGAUAUCAACAGUGGAUGUGGAUUGAUUAGUCGACCUGAACUAGUCUUGUGCAUCAUCACAGAUAAGUGGUUUCGGGGAGGAUAUCCGCUGAAGCCAAUAUUGUAAGUUAGAAGGCAGACACAAUCCAAUCCACAAACACGAUGUCCUGUCUGUUUCAGCCAUGCCUACUGUGUAGCAUACGAAAAAAUAUACACAGUGUUUAUAGAGGAAUCAACUGGUAAGGGGAGGGACUAGAAUAAACAAAUACAACUGUGACUCACUCAUUCAUGCAGGGGACAGUUUUCUCUCAGCUCCCUGUGUUACUAAACAUGGGAAGAAAUCAGCUGCUGGGGGGGAAAAAAGAAGAAGAAAUAGCGAUGAAGGGCAGUUGAAGGAUCACAACAGCUGCCAGCGUUGUGUCAAAGCGCUGCCAGGGAGUCUGUUCAAAAUCAGUUCAGAGGAAAGCUCCUGACAUGUCUGUUGUUUUUGUUUUGAUGCUCUAAAGGACUCUUGUUUCAUCUUAACAUCUCGCACUGAUAUGAAUUGAUCGCUCUAUUUUAAGUGAGUCUCAUCUAGGUCAAGGCUAUCUCGACUUAAGAAUGAAACGCAGGACUUGGUGGUAAAAUAGAAAUUCAUCACAUUUGGCAGGAGUUAUUAAUCUCUCCUCUGCCUGAGGCCAUACCUGGCUCCGGCCUUGUUGUUGGCUCUAGGUGGAUGUGUUGUGAAGCAGCCAGCGGGUUUGUAGUUCAACCUUCCCUCCUAUUGCAGAUCUUUGGUACAGCUCCACAUGGCACCUCUGUACCAUUUCCAAUCCUUGGUUGUCUCUGUUGCGCAGCAUUUUCAGAUUCUGUUUGGUGCACUUCCAAUUUUGCUGCCUAAUCUUAGCCUCCCCCCUCUCUCUCUCUUUCUCUUUGUGCUGUCCUACUCGCCCAUAAAUAUGGGUAGUUUAAUCAGCGAUGCACACUGAUGAAAUCAUUUGCUGUGAUUGAGGAUUAGAUGUGGCAGCAGCGGAAUCGAACCUGCAAUUUCUCUGGGGAAAACAGGCGUGUGUGUAUGUUUCUUUUUUUUUUUUUUUCCAGACCCUUGUUACUCAUUCAUGACCACAAAAUCCUUUCACAAACAUUUAAUUUAUUUUGUUCGCAAGCACUGGAAUCAGGUGCUGCGUAUGACAGUUUACCUCAUUGUGAUUAGACGUGAUCUGAAAAUUGCUCAGUGUGGUGAUAAGUUGUGUUUACUGUAGCGUCCAAUACAGCUGACCUCUUUUGCUGCCGGAAUAGCGUAACACUAAUGUUAUUUUGACACAAAGUGGGCUGUAGGGCAGUGUAACCUGGAUGUGACCCAGUUCAGUGAUACCACCUUUGCUGGAGUGUAAAAAUUCACCCUAUGUGUGAUCUUUCAGAGGUAAAGCUCUGUGCAGCUAACUGGCAGGAGUUUCUUUUUGUAGCCGUCUAUACAAAUGGGUCGCACGGAGCCAUAGGUGAAGUGGCUCUUUGCUAAAUCGAUGUGGAAGGAAAUGGAAGAGGAGCUUAUACUACAUUUAAAGAGAUGAAGGUUUACAUCAAGAAAAACCUGCUUCUCAAAGCUGGCCUGCAUUUGCUGAAGUGUGUACUAUAUUUUCAUCUGACAUUGGGAUCAUACUGAUGACAAGAUACUUAUACAGAUUUAUAUAUUUCCAUAGGACCUAUUUAUAUUUCUGUAUUAAUUUUAGGCUCUUAAUAAGUGAUCUCCAUAUCAGAUAACAAUAAGCAAUGCUCACCAUGUUGUGUGUGUGUGUGUACAGAGUUCAUAACAUGUCCAUGAUUUUUAAGGCAACAUUGACAUUGUGUAAUCUCUCUUCUUUGAUGGGACGUAGCAGUGGGACUCUUUUUUUUUAUUUUUUUUUUUUUUUGGUAACAUGAUGCUACAGACCAAGACUUUCUACCUGAAGGCUCAACCUUUUCGUUCCAUGAAGGCGGUGGCUGGUUCAACACCUCUUACAAGGACAAGCAACCUCUUGGUGGAGGACAGUAUUUUGACUGCUUUGCUAUUGAUCAAUGGAUAUCUAUUUUUUCUGCAUUUAACACAGGAACUAUGGGGGAAAAAAGCAAUAAGGGAACUGUACAGGUAUGGUGUGACUGGAUGUGCACUCGGGGGACAUUGCAGCGACCAACAAAGCAGCCGCACUUACAGUAGCCGUGGCUUGUUCUUUGUGUGGCGGUGAAGGGAAUGAGGCAAAAACUGCAUUGUCAACAAGCACACAUACUGGAUGAAAUAAAACGGUAUA